AUGCCGGAAGGAGCCUUGCAGGAGAGCAGAAAAAGAAUAACCGGUGGGUACAGAGCACCUUUCAGAAGUAUUCACCCGCUUUUACAUUUACAAUCCGGAGUUAAAAUGGGUUUUAACGCAAUGUUUGUUUCACACUUUAUCACUAACACUUUGAAGGUGCCAGAUAUUUUUAAUGUGACACAAAAAAGUUAUUUAAAAGGAACAAGCAGACAGUGGUUGAUUUCAUUAGUAUUCACCCCCCGGAGUCCAUGCUUAGUGGAGCUACUUUUGGCUCCAGUUACAGAUGUGAGUCUUUUGUGGUAAGUCUGCCCCAGCUUCGCACAUCUGGAUCCUGGCAGCGUUUGACCAUUUUUCUUGGUAAAAUUGCUCUCUGUCUGUCAGGUUGGACGGGAUGGUUGGUGAACAGCAGUUUUCUGUCUUCCCACAGAUUCUCAAUCAUAUGGGGGUCUGGGCUUUUACUGGGAACUUUCAGAUUUUGCUUUAAACCCCUCCAGUGGAACUGUGGCUGUGUGUUUAGGGUCAUUAUCACAUAACAGGUUUUCCUCCAGAAUUGGCUCCAUCCAUCUUGUCCUUAAUCCUGGCAAGGUUCCCAGCCGAUGAAACGCAUCGUCAUAAUGUGAUGUUACCAGCACCAAGCCUCCCCCGUAGGGAUAACCUUCUCGAAGGAUGAGCAGUUGUUUAUAUGAGAUUCAUGUCGAGGAAGAUUUAUCAAAGUGUUUGUAAAAGUAAAACAAAAAAAGGGGGGUCUCACAAAUGAAAUAUGUAUGUUGGUUCCAUUGGUUUCCAUAGUGAUUGUAUAACUCUUAGUACGUUGCACUAGAUUUUAGAACAUGAUACUUCGAUAAAUCUCCCACCUGAUGUUUUGUGUCCGGGCCAAAAAUGUUAAUUUGGGUCUUGUCGGACCAGAGACCCGAUGUACACCUCUUUACUGCUUCUUUGCCUUUUGGUAAAUUCCAAAUGUGAUGUGAUGUGAUUUGCAUCUUUCCUUUCACUACACAACCAUUAAGCCCAUGGGACAUUUCUGCCAUCUAAAGAGUAGAUCUCUCUGUCUCUUUCAGAGUUACCAAAUGACCUGUAUACUUAUCUCUCGGCUAAUGAUCGCCUUACCCUGCCAGAGAGUUUUGUUGGAUGGCCCUUCUACCAACAGACUCGUUAUAGUCUUUCCAGCUUUCACUAAUGGAUUUGACAAUGCUCCGGAGUUAACAAAGCUCCAAUUUUAUCGCAGACUUGUUUUGACAACUCCUUAGCUUUGUGUUUUGUUUUUUUAUGUUGUUGAUCUCAAACAAAUCUGGAACUCCAGGAACAGGUGUAUUUAUUUUAAAACCUUGUUACACCUCCCUGGCUGUCAAUCAGACAUCAAGUCAUGUUACUUCCUGGUUUGUUUAUCUCAGUGGAGAUAAACUUAAAGGACCACUAUAGUGCCAGGAAAACAUACUCGUUUUCCUGGCACUAUAGUGCCCUGAGGGUGCCGCCACCCUCAGGGACACCCUCCCGCCCGUCUCUGGAAAGGGGAAAGGGGUAAAAACUUACCUUUUUCCAGCGCUGGGCGGGGAGCUCUCCUCCUUCUCUCGUCCUCCAUUCCUCCUCCUGGGCUGAAUGCGCACGCGCGGCAAGAGCUGCGCGCGCAUUCAGCCCGUCGCAUAGGAAAGCAUUUACAAUGCUUUCCUAUGGACGCUUGCGUGCUCUCACUGUGAAAAUUACAGUGAGAAGCACGCAAGCGCCUCUAGUGGCUGUCAAUGAGACAGCCACUAGAGGAUUAGGGGGAAGGCUUAACCCAUUCAUAAACAUAGCAGUUUCUCUGAAACUGCUAUGUUUAUAAAAAAAAUGGGUUAACCCUAGCUGGACCAGGCACCCAGACCACUUCAUUAAGCUGAAGUGGUCUGGGUGCCUAGAGUGGUCCUUUAAGAGGCGGCAACUGCCCAGAGCUGCAGGCAAGAGCGUCCCUUUAAUUCAUUUUUAUUUUACAAUUAAAAUAUUUUGCAGCUUCAAACGUUGAGAUUUAUUAUUUGUUUCUACGUUGUAUAAAUCAAAUGGUUUAAAAUUAAUUUGAAUUCUGGGCUGAAACAGUACGAAAUAAGAAAACCUUUAGAGGGGAUUAAAAUAUAUGCAGUUUACCUAUUGUAUCUGCUGGAGCAAAAUAUCAACUGAGUAUAGCAGAGUAGAAUAUUACUAUAUAUAUAUGUCCAGGAGCAAUAUUUAUCUCAACUGAGAGUUAAUAUCCCAGAAUUGGACCUUAGAUAAUGAAGAUUUUCCAUCACUUUGUUGAUAACCCACAGCAUGAUUUAGGAAGGGGAGUAAUUCCUAGAUUACUUUUUAUAUUGGAAUGCUCUGCAGAAUAUGUUAGCAUAAUGUAAAUAAUGACUACAUUCUGUAAUGUAAUAUAUAAUAGAUUAUUCAAUGACUCUGUAUGAUAUAAUAUAAGAUUAUAAUUGCAUUGUAUUCCCUAAUUCUGAUUAACAUCUCACAGUGUGAUACGACAGGGUUAAAUAACACGGUUAUUCACUGAUUCUGGAAAAUACCCCACAAUGUUAAAUAAGAAGCUCAGGCAGAGAGGUUAUUAACUGCCUUAUAUCCCCCCAACAAUAAAGCUAGAUAAUUAUCUUAUUUGGUGGUGCUGGUUUGUUGCACACACUGUUAUAUAAUUGGGUUAGAAUGUACGGUGCAAUAAAACUAGCUUUUAAGGGUUAUUUCAAGCACCAUCACCACUUCACAGUUUUGAAAUGGUUAUGGUACCUGGAGUCUGCACAUACAGAAUUUAACCUCUCUGCUGCCAGAGGUGCAAAACACCAACUCUGGUUGUGUAACUGGGGCUUCACAGCUCCAUGCUGGGUACAGGUGUAUGGGUACUGGUAUAUGAGAAGAAGUGUAUGAGUACAGGUGUAUGAAUGCAACUGUAAACCCAAUUCUAAAGAAGCCCAACCUUGACCCUAACUCCCCGUCCAACUACCUUCCUAUCUCGCUACUGCCUUUUGCGUCCAAGAUCCUUGAAAUAGUUGUGUAUGUGAGAUUGACAGACUUCCUCGAGUCCAACUCUCUGCUAGUCCCGCUUCAGUCUGGAUUCGCGCGCGUCACUCUGUUUAAACAGCUGUGACCAAAGUAUCCAAUGUUCUACUCGCUGCAAAAUCUCGUGGUGACUACUCUAUCCUAAUUCUCCUUGACCUUUCUGCGGCUUUUGACAGUGUUGAUCAUCAACAGCUUCUUCUCAUCCUCCGCAAUAUCGGUCUACAAGAUAUUGCUCUCUGCUGGUGCUCCUCCUACCUCUCCCAGCGCUCUUACAGUGUUUCUUUCUCUGGCUCAGCUUCUUCUCCCCAACUCCUCUCUAUUGGUGUCCCCCAAGGUUCAGUCCUUGGUCCCCUACUGUUCUCCAUCUAUACUGCCUCCCUUGGUAAACUCAUUAGCUCGUUUGGCUUCCAAUAUCAUUUCUUUGCGGAUGACACGCAAAUCUAUCUGUCCUCUCGUGGUCUCUGACUGCCUCUCUGCUAUUUCUAACUGGAUGGCUGCCCACUUCCUUAAACUUAACUUGACCAAAACUGGUCUUUCCUCCCUCAAGUGUUUCUACUCAAGUGUCUGUCUCCCUCCAAGUCAACGGUGCUACCAUCAGCUCCACCACGCAGGCUCGCUGCCAGGUGUUUUCUGUUACUCCGACCUCUCCUUCACGCUUCAUAUUUAGUCUAUCGCCAAAUUCUGCCGCUUCCAUCUCAAAAACAUUGCAAGCAUCCGACCCUACUUAAUGCCAGAUGCGACUAAGGUGCUGGUCCAUUCCACUGUCCUUUCUCGCCUUGACUGCUGUAAUCCGCUUCGCAGUGGAUUUACGUGCUCCCAACUUGCGCCGUUACAGUUCAUAAUGAAUGCAGCGGCGAGGCUCAUCUUCCUGUCCGCCCGCACCUCACCCUUCUGUCAGUCCCUACAUUGGCUUCCUAUGAGAUAUAGAGCUCAAUUUAAAAUUCUGGUUAUUGCUUUCAAAUCUCUACAUAAUGCUGCUCCCACCUAUCUAUCCUCCCUAAUAUACAAGUAUUGCUGAAGACUUACAUCUAUCUUCUGUCCGUACUUCCACCUCUGAUGCUCGCUUUCAAGACUUCUCGAGGGCCGCACCGUUCCUGUGGAACUCACUUCCCUCCUCCGUUAGAUGCUCACCCAGUCUCCACUCCUUCAAAAAAUCAUUAAAAACCCACUUCUUCAUAAAAGCGUAUCAAUUAAACUGUUAAUAGCUCCCGACUGAUUCCUCUCUUGCAACUGUCAUUAGUCUAAUACUAUCCUUACCUUUUGUGUCACUUUACCCCACUCCCUCUAGCAUGUAAGCUCAUUGAGCAGGGCUUUCAACCCCUCUGUUCCUGUGUGUCCAACUUGUCUGGUUACAACUACAUGUUUGUUCGUCCACCCACUGUAAAGCGCUGCAGCACUUGUUGGUGCUAUAUAAAUAACAACAUAAUAAUAAUAAUAAUAAUAAUACUACAGGUGUAUGUGUACAGAUAUAUAGGUAGAGGUGUAUAGAUAGAGGUGUAUGGGUACAGGUGUAUGAGUACAGGUGUAGGGGAACGGUGUAUGGGUACAGGUGUAUUUGUACAGGUGUAUAGGUAGAUGUAUAUGGGUACAGGUAAAUGGGUAGAGGAGUAUAGGUAGAGAUGUAUGGGCACAGGUGUAGGGGAAAAGUGUAUGGGUACAGGUAUAUGGGUAGAGGUUUGUUGGUACAAGUGUAUAGGUAGAUGUGUAUUGGUACAGGUAAAUGAGUAGAGGUGUAUGAGUUCAGGUGUACGUGAAAGGUAUAUUGGUAGAUAUGUAUAGAUAGAGGUGUAUGGGUACUUGUGUAGGGGAAAGGUGUAUAGGUAAAGGUGUAUGGGUACAGGUAUAUGGGUAGCAGUGUAUAGGUGAAUGGGUACAAUGGGAAAGGUGUAUAGGUAAAGGUGUAUAUGUAGAUGUGUAUGGGUACAGGUAAUUGGUAGAUGCGUAUAGGUACAGGUGUAGGGGAAAGGUAUAUAUGGGUAGAUGUGUAUAGAUAGAAGUGCAUGGGUACAGGUGUAGGGGAAAGGUGUAUGGGUACAGGUAUAUGGGUAGAUGUGUAUAGAUAGAGGUGUAUUGGUACAGGUGUAUAGGUAGAGGUGUAUGGGUUCAGGUAUAUGGGUAGAGGUGUAUAGAUAGAGAUGUAUGGGUACAGGUAAAGUAUUAUGGGUACAGGUAUAUGGGUAGCAGUGUAUAGGUAGAGGUGAAUGGGUACAAUGGGAAAGGUGUAUAUGUAGAUGUAUAUGGGUACAGGUAAUUGGUAGAGGCGUAUAGGUACAGGUAAAUGGGUACAGGUGUAUGGGUACAGGUGUAGGGGAAAUCUAUUUAGAUAUAUAUAGGUAUUGAAUUUGUCCAAAGUUCUAGUCGGGGUGAACUUUAAACCUUUUUCAGGUAUUUUUUGCUGAGGUAUAGAUAAUGUCCUGCUUGUUAGAUUAAAAAUGCCGGUUUGGUUCACUGUCUGUCUUUCUUUCAGUGAACCAAAUCUAAGUUUUAUAGAAAGGAGAACCUUGAGAGAGCUUAAAAAUGACACCUCACUGGUAAUUAAAGCAGUGGAUAAGGGGGGAGGGAUUGUUCUUCUAGAACGAGAGGACUACAUAGAUGAGUCAAAUAGAUUGCUCAACGACACUAAAACCUAUAUAAUACUACACAAAGAUCCGACCAAUGAUAUUAAGGUACACUACCAUAAACUAAUUGAUAAAGGGAAAUUGGAAGGCAUCCUUAACAAACAAGAACCAGAGUUUUUAAACAUUCACCACCCCAAAAUUACGAUAUUUUAUUACCUUCCAAAAAUUCACAAAAGCAUCACCAAACCACCUGGACGGCCGAUCGUUUCAGGCACAGGUUCCAUGUCUAGUAGACUCUCACAGUACAUUGAUAGAUGUCUACAACCCACAGUCCAAAAAUGUCCCAGUUACCUUAAGGACACCAUGAACAUCUUACAAAUUCUGGGACAAACUACAUGGGACAAUGACUAAUUUUUGGUCACGGCGGACGUAAAUUUGCUCUACACAAUAAUAGAACACACUAAGGGCUGUGAACCCACCAAAUAUUUUCUAGAACAUUCAGGAGAAUUUCCUGAGUCACAAAUAGGCUUUCGGACUGCUUUGGACGGCAACUUCAUUGUUUGGACUGAACAUUUGUGGUAUUUUUUAUUUUGUUGUUUUAAUUUACCUUACAUUUUGGUUAAUACAUUUAUUCAAGUCCCACAUCUUGCCAGUGUCCUCUUAAAGGCACAGUGCACAUUAUUCUGAGAGCCCAGUACUUUGGCUCUCAACAAGGUGAGCAGUGACUACCUUACUUUAUUCACGUUUUUAGUGAGGAUAAUACACUAUAUUUUGUCUUAUCUCUCCUUAUCUCUCUGAGUACUCAACAUCUCUACACUGAAGAAGUUUUGGUAUUCUCUUAAAAUACCUCUACGCAUGAGAUUUGAGCCUAUCCCCAUAAGGCUCUGCACCAUGUGAGUGUGCUUCAUACGAAAAAUAUAAUAUUCUACUUGUUUAGACAUACUGCACCAUAUUUUGUCUAUUUUUCUCUCUUAGACACUCUGUUUUAACUAUAUUCCCUUAUUUAAGGGUAAGUGUAUAAAUUUAGCGCUCCGCUGUUUUUUGUUUGAUGUGGUGGGUUCUCGCCACUCAAACAAUAUUUCACUAUCUGGUUUGCAUGUUUUUGGGUUAAGUAAGAGGUAUUAACACAAGUGUUGAGCAGCUUUUCAAACUUUUGAUGUAAAUUUACCUUUAGCGCCUUACAUUGACACAGCACCUUUGGUUUAUCUCUUUUGUAAAGAUAGAAAUAUAUGAAUUCACAAUUAAAGUCCAUGGGAUUUUUUGCAGAGAAAUUUUUGAAAUUGAAACGUAUUGCAAUGAUUUCUGAAUCCGAUUCAAACUAAUUAAAUUGAGGCUGUAGAGUGUAGACGUGGGGAAAUGUCUUGACUUCUCCUGUUUGUGGAUAAUACAGAUUGUCCCAUGCUUUAAUAGUCUUCUGCUCAAAACGAGUUAUACAAGUAUUUAGUUCUUAUAGAACCCACCAGCUCCUCACUUGUUACAAUUAAGACCUUGAUUUAAUAUUGUUGGAUAAGCUUUUCAUAGAACAAUCUGUUAGAAAAACGUUUCAGUCGAGGGGGCUGAAGAUACUGGAAGUUCCACACCCCCCAUCUCUGAUUAAAUCUCUCUGCGUCUGUAAUAUUACUAGCCCUUGUGUUGAGUACAGUCUAGAACACUCAAUUCCCAUGAAACAUAGCUUAAUUAGCCAUUAUUUCUGUCUCUCAAUUCAUUAUUCUCAUUCUUAUCUCAUUCUCUCGGUUUCUUUCCUUUUAUUAUUAAUUCCCAUCUAUGUAAUUCUUUCUAUCUUUCCUCCUCUUUUCCCAAGUGACAUUUAGACUGCUAUGUCUGGUUUCCUGAAUGGGAUCGGUAAUUACAUAGGACUUCCUCAAAUUAUCCGCAUUCCCAUUGCCACUGGUUAAGGCUCUCUCAGUGACGAUGCCGAUUUAACAAUCUAUGUACUGUAAUAAUGUAUAUGUCGCGUUCUAUAAUCUGACUCAUUCAGUAAUACACUAUGUUGUUCUUUUCUGAAAGUAAACUUGUCACAGAACGUUCACAGCACAUAAAGCCAUUAAUACAUAAUUGAUCUUAAUAAUAAGUGAUAAAUCCAACUGCUUCAUGUGAGAUAUGAGUUUCUCCUCUUUAGUGCCACUGUGUCAUCAUCUUGAUGGGUGUUACACUGAUGUAAUACCAGUCUCCAGCUCUGACCGGUUUCUUACCCGAGUCUAACAUAAGUGGACUUGAUCGAGUACAUUUGUACCUUGGAGGCACAGCUCCUGUAGCUGAUGUGGGAGAGUUGUCUGAAGAAGGGUUCUCCUGCUUCUCUCCUGUCACUCAAUAUUUGACGUAGUAGUACUAUCAGUAUCAAGCUUGAGACUGGCUACCCUGGAAUGUGAUAUUAUUUGGUUAGAAACAAUUAUUUAUAUAGAGGCAAUAUAUUCCACAGCGCUGUACAAUAGAUUAUAGAGUAAUUCUCUGACUAUGGUUAGUAACCUAGACUGUGAUAUAAUAUGUUAUAAGCAUAUGCUCCGAGUCUGGUUAGUAAUCUAGACUGUCAUAGGCUUGAGAAGGCUUUAAAAUCGUUGAAAUGUUGUUUAGUGUUUCUUAAUAAACUACAUGAUAAUAUGUCUAACUAAAAUCUAAAUAAAGAUUGUCAAAAAAAAAUAAAUUCCAUUACAUGGUUUAUUGGGUGACUCGUUCUGCUUUAGAAUAUAAUAAAAUUAAUUUAUAAUAUUACUUUCCUUCUUUCUUUAAAAAUAAACCUAUGGUGUAAUAGUCCUUGACUUAGUAUAAUUGGUUAACCUUUUGACAUGAUUUAAUACUUUGAAAAAUAUUUUAAUAUUUAGAAUUUUUUAAUGUGUCGAUAUAUGUUUUUACAAAUUAUAAACGUUUUUGAUUUUAAUAUUUUGAAAAAAUAUUAUUAAAAAAUAUGAAAUCAUUUGAAAAGCUUUUCCAAUAAUAUUAAAUAGAGGUCGUAAUAUUGAUUUAUGUGGCUAUUGUAGUUUCUAGUUUUGUUUAACCCUAUAUGCACAGCUAACAUUUUAUCUCUGCUUUUUUGGUAUGCCAGCUGUCCCCAGGCCAUCGUCUGUCAGUUCUCUGAGUGGCAUCGUCGCCGGGAUGUCAGGCAGCUGUACAUCAGUUAAUACAGUUUGUUCGGAUAGUGACCGGCCGGUCAGCCUCAGCUCCUCGGCUUCCUCAGCCUCUCUGCAGGACAGUCAUAGUUCUUUUGGCAGCAUUGGAACUCUGGGAUCUGCCCAAUAUAACAACCCAUAUACCCAGCAAAAUGGUAGUGACAUCAGUCUGGACCUCACUCCCGUGGUCCAGCUGGAGGGUGAGCCUGAGGUACUUGCUGCAGAAAAUGUCUUCCUGGAUUACCCAUGGUCUCCCAUACUCCGAAAAGCGAAAGAUCCCAAAACCAAACUCUCGCAUAUGGACAGAGUAAUCCUUGAAAUUCUCGAAACCGAGCAGGCAUAUGUCAGGGACCUCAAGAGCAUCGUAGAGGUGAGAGGUUUUCUCUAAACUCUGGCCACUGAAAACAGAUCAUUUGUUCAAAGUACAUUAUAGCUAAUGCUUCCUCUAAUCCAUUCAAUAACCAUCAUAUCUAAUGCUUCCUCUAAUCCAUUCAAUAACCAUCAUAUCUAAUGCUUCCUCUAAUCCAUUCAAUACCCGUCAUAUUUAAUGCUUCCUCUAAUCCAUUCAAUAACCGUCAUAUCUAAUGCUUUCUCUAAUCCAUUCAAUAACCGUCAUAUCUAAUGCUUCCUCUAAUCCAUUCAAUACCCGUCAUAUCUAAUGCUUCUUCUAAUCCAUUCAAUAACCAUCAUAUCUAAUGCUUCCUCUAAUCCAUUCAAUAACCAUCAUAUCUAAUGCUUCCUCUAAUCCAUUCAAUAACUGUCAUAUCUAAUGCUUCCUCUAAUCCAUUCAAUACCCGUCAUAUCUAAUGCUUCUUCUAAUCCAUUCAAUAACCAUCAUAUCUAAUGCUUCCUCUAAUCCAUUCAAUAACCAUCAUAUCUAAUGCUUCCUCUAAUCCAUUCAAUAACCGUCAUAUCUAAUGCUUUCUCUAAUCCAUUCAAUAACCGUCAUAUCUAAUGCUUCCUCUAAUCCAUUCAAUAACUGUCAUAUCUAAUGCUUCCUCUAAUCCAGUCAAUAACCAUCAUAUCUAAUGCUUCCUCUAAUCCAUUCAAUAACCAUCAUAUCUAAUGCUUCCUCCAAUCCAGUCAAUAACCAUCAUAUCUAAUGCUUCCUCUAAUCCAUUCAAUAACCGUCAUAUCUAAUGCUUCCUCUAAUCCAUUCAAUAACCGUCAUAUCUAAUGCUUCCUCUAAUCCAUUCAAUAACCGUCAUAUCUAAUGCUUUCUCUAAUCCAUUCAAUAACCGUCAUAUCUAAUGCUUCCUCUAAUCCAUUCAAUAACUGUCAUAUCUAAUGCUUCCUCUAAUCCAGUCAAUAACCAUCAUAUCUAAUGCUUCCUUCAAUCCAUUCAAUAGCCAUCAUAUCUAAUGCUUCCUCUAAUCCAUUUGUUAAUAACCGUCAAAUCUAAUGCUUCCUCUAAUCCUUUCAUUAAUAAGCGUCAUAUCUAAUGCUUCCUGUAAUCCAUUCAAUAAUAACGAUCAUAUCUAAUGCUUCCUCUAAUCCAUUCAAUAACCAUCAUAUCUAAUACAUUCAUUAAUAACCAUCAUAUCUAAUGCUUCCUCUAAUCCAUUCAAUAACUGUCAUAUCUAAUGCUUCCUCUAAUCCAGUCAAUAACCAUCAUAUCUAAUGCUUCCUUCAAUCCAUUCAAUAGCCAUCAUAUCUAAUGCUUCCUCUAAUCCAUUUGUUAAUAACCGUCAAAUCUAAUGCUUCCUCUAAUCCUUUCAUUAAUAAGCGUCAUAUCUAAUGCUUCCUGUAAUCCAUUCAAUAAUAACGAUCAUAUCUAAUGCUUCCUCUAAUCCAUUCAAUAACCAUCAUAUCUAAUACAUUCAUUAAUAACCAUCAUAUCUAAUGCUUCCUCUAAUCCAUUCAUUAACUAUCAUAGCUAAUGCUUCCUCCAAUCCAUUCAAUAACCAUUAAAUCUAAUGCUUCCUCCAAUCCAUUCAAACUAUCAUAUCUAAUACUUCCUGUAAUCCAUUUAUUAACCAUCAUAUUUACUGUUUCUUCUAAUCCUGGGGUUCCCAAACUGUGUGCCACGGCAUCCUGGGGUGCUGCAACAGGCACACAGGGGAGCCACAAGAUAUUUUCCCGGUGCUAUGAUCAUAGCACCGGAAACUGUGCCUCCCUCUCCCCUGCCGGCUCUGCAGGACCAGAGAGGAGAUCAGAGAUGCUGGCAGUCAGCAGGGGAGAGAGAGGGGACCCAGGGGAGCUCUAAACUGCAGCUCUGUGGCAACACUCCAAGUCUCGCAAGAGAGAACUCUAGAAGCCCAUGAGUUCACUCUCACCACUGGGACCACCAGAGCUUCCCCACAAGACCACCAGGGAUUGCAGGAAAUAUCCCCCCACCAGGCAAAGGUAAGCAGGGAGGGGGGAUAUGAAAAUUAUUAUUUUUAAUUAAAAAGAAAAAAAUAUAUAUUCAUGAAUUUGCCCUCCCACCUCCACAGACCCCACACCACACAAUAACUCCCCCAUACACACACACAUACUGCCCCCAUACACAAACACACUACCCCAUACAAACAAUUACCCCCAUUCACACAGACUGCCCAUCCAUACACACAAACUGUAUCCCUCACACAACCUGCCGCCACAGAUAUUGUACCCUCAUACAACCUGCCCCCACACACAUACACACUGUACCCCUCACGCAAAAGCUGCCACAUAUACACACGCACACUGCACUCUCCCCCCGUAUACACACACUGCCCCCAUACACACACACUGCCCCCAUACACACAAUUGCUCCCCACACACACUGUACCCUUUAUACAACCUGCCCCCAUACACAAACACACUGUACCCCUCACGCACAAGUUGCCCUACAUACACACACACACACUGCAUCCCUCACAAACACUACUGCCCCUAUCCCCUUCUACAGCCCCUAUCCCGGCAGAUGCCAGGUAAGUUGUCAAACUGUUCUUAAACAGUUUUGCUACUUACUCUGGGAGGCACUACUGGCACCAUAACCACUACAAAGUGCUGUAGUGGUUAUUGUGCCUGGAUUGUUUCUUUAUAUAAUCUAUCAGUGCCCCUCCCAAGAUUAGGUUUUGGAUCUGCGACUGAACGGCAAGCAUUUCUGCCGAACAGGGGCCCAGUAUAUGCCGCUGCGCUGUCUGUACAUAUAUACAACCUAGAAAACAAUUUGACUUAGGGCGCCUUGGAAAAAUAUUAAAAUAUUAAGGGCACCUUGAACCUAAAAAGUUUGGGAACCACUUUUCUAAUCCAUUCUUCCAUUCUGCUCAUUUAAAAUUGAAUAUAAACUGCCCCUGUACAUCUCCUCAUGUUUACUUUGUUUCCGUAGAAAGUUUUUCUGCUGGUGAAUGUUUUAUUGAGAUACAAUUUACUGGUAACAUACAGGUUACAAUGUUCAAUGUAAAUCUGCAAAUCUAGUCCUUGACUUAAUACUGUUGGAUAAGUAUUUCAAAUUAUUGAAUGUUUUUGGAUAAACUUUUAAAAUUAAACAAUAGGAAAAAUAAUAGUUAACAUAGCAGCGACUGCUCGAAUAGAUCUGUACCACUGAUUUAGGUGUGAGGAAGCUCAGAAUUCAAUAUCCAAGUUUUUUCCACAGUUUAGGUUUAACAUAGAAACAUAGAAUGUGACGGCAGAUAAGAACCAUUCGGCCCAUCUAGUCUGCCCAAUUUUCUAAAUACUUUCAUUAGUCCCUAGCCUUAUCUUAUAGUUAGGAUAGCCUUAUGCCUAUCCCACGCAUGCUUAAACUCCUUUACUGUGUUAACCUCUACCACUUCAGCUGGAAGGCUAUUCCUUGCAUGCACUACCCUCUCAGUAAAGUAAUACUUCCUGAUAUUUUUAAACCUUUGUCCCUCUAAUUUAAGACUAUGUCCUCUUGUUGUGGUAGUUUUUCUUCUUUUAAAUAAAGUCUCCUCCUUUACUGUGUUGAUUCCCUUCAUAUAUUUAAAUGUUUCUAUCAUAUCCCCCCUGUCUCGUCUUUCCUCCAAGCUAUACAUGUUAAGAUCCUUUAACCUUUCCUGGUAAGUUUUAUCCUGCAAUCCAUGAACCAGUUUAGUAGCCCUUCUCUGAACCCUCUCUAAAGGUAUCAAUAUCCUUCUGAAGAUACGGUCUCCAGUACUGUGUACAAUACUCCAAGUGAAGUCUCACCAGUGUUCUGUACAAUGGCAUGAGCACUUCCCUCUUUAUACUGCUAAUACCUCUCCCUAUACAACCAAGCAUUCUGCUAGCAUUUCCUGCUGCAUUGUCUGCCUACCUUUAAGUCAUCAGAAAUAAUCACCCCUAAAUCCCUUUCCUCAUAUGUUGAGGUUAGGACUCUAUCAAAUAUUAUGUACUCUGCCCUUGGGUUUUUACGUCCAAGAUGCACUUAUCCACAUUAAAUGUCAGUUGCCACAAUUCUGACCAUUUUUCUAGUUUACCUAAAUCAUUUGCCAUUUGGCUUAUCCCUCCUGGAACAUCAACCCUGUUACAUAUCUUAGUAUCAUCAGCAAAAAGACAUACCUUACCAUCAAGACCUUCUGCAAUAUCACUAAUAAAAAUAUUAAAGAGAAUGGGUCCAAGUACAGAUCCCUGAGGUACCCCACUGGUGACAAGUCCAAGCUUCGAAUAUAUUCCAUUAACUACAACCCUCUGUUGCCUGUCACUCAGCCACUGCCUUACCCAUUCAACAAUAUUGGAAUCCAAACUUAAAGAUUGCAGUUUAUUGAUAAGCCUUCUAUGUGCAACAGUGUCAAAAACCUUACUGAAAUCUAGGUAAGCAAUGUCUACUGCACCACCCUGAUCUAUAAUUUUAGUUACCCAAUCAAAAAAAUCAAUAAGAUUAGUUUGGCAUGAUCUCCCUGAAGUAAACCCAUGUUGUCUCUGAUCUUGAAAUCCAUGUGUUUUUAGAUGUUCAUCAAUCCUAUCCUUUAACAUGGUUUCCAUCACUUUCCCCACUACUGAAGUAAGGCUUACUGGCCUAUAGUUGCCCGACUCCUCCCUAUUACCUUUCUUGUAAAUGGGCACAACAUUUGCUAACUUCCAAUCUUCUGGGACUACUCCUGUUAACAAUGAUUGGUUAAAUAAAUCUGUUAAUGGUUUUGCUAGUACACCACUAAGCUCUUUUAAUAGCUUUGGGUGUAUUCCAUCAGGUCCCAUUGACUUAUUUGUCUUUAUUUUUGACAGUUGAAAUAGAACCUCUUCCUCUGUAAACUCACGUGUAAUAAAUGACUCAUUUAUCCUUUUUCUCAACUGAGGUCCCUUUCCUUCAUGUUCAUCUGUAAAUACAGAACAAAAAUAUUCAUUGAGCCAGUCAGCCUGACCUUUAUCCUCUUCUACAUACCUCCCUUCUUUUGUUUUUAAUCUAACUAAUCCUUGUUUUACUUUUCUUUUCUCAUUUAUGUAUCUAAAAAAUGUUUUAUCCCCCUUUUUUACUGACUGUGCUAUUUUCUCUUGUGUGUGUGAUUUGGAAGCUCUUAUAACUUGCUUAGCCUCUUUCUGCCUAAUCUUAUAGAUCAUUCGGUCUUCCUCACUCUGGUUUUUUUAACAUCACCUUGUAAUCUCAGAAUUUCGCAACUAUAGGAGAUGGACUUACUUUUAACAUCCUUCUUGAAAAGAUCAUUUAUUUUUUAUUUUUUUGUUUAAGAACUCAUUAUGUAGGAUAUGGCUUCCUAGGUAGUUUUUGUAUUCUCAAACACGUAAAAAUCUCUCUUGGAAAAAAAUCUUAGUUUUGUAAUAUGUAUGUAUAUAUACACAUUAUUUUUUAUGUGAUUUAUUUUUUGAACUUUUAAUAUUUAAAAAAAAAAUAAUUUUAAAAGUUUGUCCGUUAAUAUUAACGAAUUUGUAAAGCUUAUCCAACAAAACGUUAGAUAAGUACAAAAUGUUGAAGUAAAAUGAAAGUUUGAGGAGGUAAAUGCCAUGUCCGUGAUCCUAACUGAGCUAACACAAGUAAAUGUCCCUUUGUGAUGUAAUUGGCACAGGACACCGAGAGAAGCCCUGUCAAUCAUUGUUAUAAGCUCCGCCCUUUACACCUGGCAGUCAGUAUAGAGAGAGCCACCUCCAUCUUAGCUCCCUGUCAAUCAUUGUUAUAAGCUCCGCCCUUUACACCUGGCAGUCAGUAUAGAGAGAGCCACCUCCAUCUUAGCUCCCUGUCAAUCAUUGUUAUAAGCUCCGCCCUUUACACCUGGCAGUCAGUAUAGAGAGCCACCUCCAUCUUAGCUCCCUGUCAAUCAUUGUUAUAAGCUCCGCCCUUUACACCUGGCAGUCAGUAUAGAGAGAGCCACCUCCAUCUUAGCUCCCUGUCAAUCAUUGUUAUAAGCUCCGCCCUUUACACCUGGCAGUCAGUAUAGAGAGAGCCACCUCCAUCUUAGCUCCCUGUCAAUCAUUGUUAUAAGCUCCGCCCUUUACACCUGGCAGUCAGUAUAGAGAGAGCCACCUCCAUCUUAGCUCCCUGUCAAUCAUUGUUAUAAGCUCCGCCCUUUACACCUGGCAGUCAGUAUAGAGAGAGCCGCCUCCAUCUUAGCUCCCUGUCAAUCAUUGUUAUAAGCUCUGCCCUUUACACCUGGCAGUCAGUAUAGAGAGAGCAUACAAAGAGCAGGAGACAUAAAACAAUGUGUCUAUUUCGCCUCUUCAUUUACUUUGUUUUGUCCGGGCUUUGCCUUGUAUGGUUAUGAUGUAAUUUGCUAAAUCUUUUAAAUAAUUAUUUAAAUAAAACAGAGCAUCUUGUGCAGAUGAGGUGAACACAGGUUAUCAGUAAUUUCCAGUGGAGGGACAGUUCCCUUUCAAACCUGGGAGUUUGGUUUCACUGACUGGAAUAGUCACAGAAGAUUGACGUGGACCCAUCUCCUCUCAUUUGCUUGUAGAGAGGAUCAUUAUUUGAUUGGCAGUUGGAAUUAUUGAUAGUUAUAUGUAUGUUUGACCACUAGGGGAAGUGGUUAGUCCACCUUAUUGCACCCUUCUCAUAUUGUUACAAACUGUACUGGGCUCCAUGCCACUAUCCACUAGGGGAAGUGGUUAAUCCAUCUUAUUGCACCCUUCUCAUAUUGUUACAAACUGUACUGGGCUCUAUGCCGCUAUCCACUAGGGGAAGUGGUUAGUCCACCUUAUUGCACACUUCUCAUAUUAUUACAUACUGUACUGGGCUCUAUGCCGAUAUCCACUAGGGGAAGUGGUUAGUCCACCUUAUUGCACCCUUCUCAUAUUGUUACAUGCUGUACUGGGCUCUAUGCCGCUAUCCACUAGGGGAAGUGGUUAGUCCACCUUAUUGCACCCUUCUCAUAUUGUUACAUGCUGUACUGGGCUCUAUGCCGCUCUCCACUAGGGGAAGUGGUUAGUCCACCUUAUUGCACCCUUCUCAUAUUGUUACAUGCUGUACUGGGCUCUAUGCCGCUCUCCACUAGGGGAAGUGGUUAGUCCACCUUAUUGCACCCUUCUCAUAUUGUUACAUGCUGUACUGGGCUCUAUGCCGCUAUCCACUAGGGGAAGUGGUUAGUCCACCUUAUUGCACCCUUCUCAUAUUGUUACAUGCUGUACUGGGCUCUAUGCCGCUCUCCACUAGGGGAAGUGGUUAGUCCACCUUAUUGCACCCUUCUCAUAUUGUUACAUGCUGUACUGGGCUCUAUGCCGCUCUCCACUAGGGGAAGUGGUUAGUCCACCUUAUUGCACCCAUCUCAUAUUGUUACAUGCUGUACUGGGCUCUAUGCCGCUAUCCACUAGGGGAAGUGGUUAGUCCACCUUAUUGCACCCUUCUCUUAUUGUUACAUACCGUACUGGGCUCUAUGCCGCUCUCCACUCGGGGAAGUGGUUAGUCCACCUUAUUGCACCCUUCUCAUAUUGUUACAUACCGUACUGGGCUCUAUGCCGCUCUCCACUAGGGGAAGUGGUUAGUCCACCUUAUUGCACCCUUCUCAUAUUGUUACAUACCGUACUGGGCUCUAUGCCGCUAUCCACUAGGGGAAGUGGUUAGUCCACCUUAUUGCACCCUUCUCAUAUUGUUACAUACUGUACUGGGCUCUAUGCCGCUAUCCAAAUGAAUUAUUAUAUUCUGAUUAGAUGAGAUCCACACUCAACAUUCUAUUCAAUUUGUCACGACUCAAAAUAGAGUUAAUAGUUUGUUUAUUAUAAUGUCAGAUUCUGAAACUCUCACUGUAUCAAAUAAGAAAUAAAUGUAAGUAAUACACAUCAUGUGACAUCUUAUCCUAACACCUGCAGUGUUGGCAAAGCAUUAUUGCACUAAUUAAGCUGCGCGAUACUUUAAGCUCAGUCAAUAAGAUUUAAAGGUAAAUAAGGCGACAUGUUAGAUGGUAUUACUCAAACUGUAUGUUACACUGUAUUACUGUGAAUGGAUGUUACAUGGUAUUACUCAAACUGUAUGUUACAUGGUAUUACUGUGAAUGGAUUUAUGUUACACUUUAUUACUCAAACUGUAUGUGAUACGUAGUACUGUGAAUGUAUGUUACACAGUAUUAUUGUGAAUGUAUGUGGCAUGGUAUUACCCAUACACUAUGUUACACGAUAUUAUACAGACACUAUAUUAUACAGCAGGGGUAGGCAACCUUUUAGCAGCACUGUGCCGAUAUAGGAUUGUGAUGUCCCGUAGCGUGCCGAUCCUAUUUUUUUAAAUUGAGGUGUGAAUGCUGCCGUAUUCUGCUUGUGCUUUGUAUCGUUGUAUUUGUGCGUAUAUGAGCUAUUAUAUUGUAUAUGUUCAUUAGUAGUUUAUGGUAUCGUGUAUGAUACAUAUGAAUGUGGGCUGUGUAUGGGGGCUGCUUGUGAAAUUGUGUGUGGAUGGAUAUGUCACAUUGUGUGUUUGGUAGUGUGGGUGGCUUCCCUGGGGUCCAGUGGGGGCCAGGCUGGCCAGGUGCAGGUCAAGGACAGGAGCUUCAACAGCAGCUGUGGGCUGCUCUACUACAGUGUGGAUUCCCAUUCACAAGUGCUGGGAGGAAGUGAUCUGAGCUCACUUCCUCUACGUGCUGCAAUGCAUAAAUUGAGGAUUUUCCUUCACCACCUUUUCGAAUUAGCAGAUAUCUAAAGUUUCACUGGGACUCCUGAUAGGCCAGAGCCUGUUUGGCUCUAGCAGCCUUGAGUGCCGUGGAAAAACACCUCGAGUGCCGUGCAUGGCACUAGUGCCGUAGGUUGCCUACCCCUGUUAUACAGUAUUAUACAGGCACUAUUUUACACAGUAUUAUACAGGCACUAUGUUACAUUGUAUCUUUGGUUCACUCAGUAUUAUACAGGCACUAUGUUACACGGUAUUAUACAGGCACUAUGUUACAUUGUAUCUUUGGUUCACUCAGUAUUAUACAGGCACUAUGUUACAUUGUAUCUUUGGUUCACUCAGUAUUAUACAGGCACUAUUUUACACAGUAUUAUAUAGGCACUAUGUUACAUUGUACACUCAGUAUUAUACAGGCACUAUGUUACAUUGUACACAGUAUUAUACAGGCACUAUGUUACACAGUAUUAUACAGGCACUAUGUUACAUUGUAUCUUUGGUUCACAGUAUUAUACAGGCACUAUGUUUAUUAUACAGGCACUAUGUUACAUUGUAUCUUUGGUUCACUCAGUAUUAUACAGGCACUAUGUUACAUUGUAUCUUUGGUUCACUCAGUAUUAUACAGGCACUAUGUUACAUUGUAUCUUUGGUUCACUCAGUAUUAUACAGGCACUAUGUUACAUUGUAUCUUUGGUUCACUCAGUAUUAUACAGGCACUAUGUUACACGGUAUUAUACAGGCACUAUGUUACAUUGUAUCUUUGGUUCACUCAGUAUUAUACAGGCACUAUGUUACAUUGUAUGUCGUAUGUUAUAUUAUUAUAUCUUUGUUUCACUCAGUAUUUUACUCUAUCAUUGUGCCCGGUUCUCCUCUGUCAUUGCAGGAUUACCUGGGCUGCAUUAUUGACUGUGGGCAUCUCCCACUCAAACCCGAACAAGUCAGCACUUUAUUCUGCAAUGUUGAAGAUAUUUAUGAAUUUAACAGGUGAGUGUAUAUUUUAUUUGUACCUGUAAGUUCUGGUGAGUGAGUCUGUUCUUGGUUCUGGUAAGGGAGUCUGUGCUCAUAACCAGUUAGUCUGUGCUUGGUACCAGUGAAUGAGUCUGUUCUCAUUUCCAACCAAGGAGUCAGUGCUAGCUGCACACACAUGUCUGACAUAAAUGAUUGUGUGCCCAUAAAUAAUGUGAGUAGCUCCAUACCAUGCUUCAAUAAAUCAGAGCCCAGUGACUGAGUCCAUACUCGGGAAGUCAUUGCUCAGUAAGUCAGUGAGCUAGUGCUUAAUGAGUUAGUCUAUGCUCAGUUCCAGUUUGCCAGUGCUCAGUGAGUAUGUACUUAGUAAGUGAAUGCUCAGUGAGUCUGUGCUUAGUGAGUGAAUGCUCACUGUCUGUCUACACUCAGUGAAUUGCUCUAGCUGAGACCUUAUUAAAUAUAAUAGUGAUGAGUCUUCAUUCUAUCUGUGUUUGAGGUAAUUGCAGGCUGAUAGGUGGGGGGUUUCCAUAGUAUGACAGGGGUGGUCCAGAAUGUCUGAACGCUGACCCCAUCCCCCCAGACUUUACAAACAGGAUGGCUCUGGUUUCAGAGAAGGUUUAAUAGAGUCCAGUGCCUGGGUUUAAAAAUAACUCCAGGCCUCUCACUGCACAUCUGGAACCCGUUCUGCUCACUAAGGGUCCACGUUCCCACAGAAACUCAACAUGUGGAAAGGGUUAAACCACGGCUGACAUCACUUCCAUAACAUGUUCUGUGCUAGACAGUCAUUCAGCGAGACUGUAAUGUCUAUCACACAAUAGCUACCAAUCUUUUCAUUAGCUACUAGCCAAAUUAAUUGUUUGUAUGAUGGCAGCUCCGUCUGACCAAUUGAUUGUCUGUUUUAUACGUAUAAUCCCUUUGAUGGCUACAACAGUCCUCCAUGAUUGCCACUCUGACUGUCUCUAAAUGUGUAACUCCUGAUACGGCUACAACCAUCCUCCAAGAUGACCGUUCUGUCUGACCGUCUCUAAAUGUGUAAUUUCUGAUACGGCUACCAUCCUCCAAGAUGGCUGCUCUGUCUAACCGUCUCUCUAAAUGUGUAAUUCCUGAUAUGGCUAAAACCACCCUCCAAGAUGGCUACUGUGUCUGACCAUCUUUUUAAAUGUGUAACCUCAGAAAUAGUGGCAGCUCUUUUUUGCUGUGACUGGCUUCAUAAUGGUGGCUCUGUCCAACCUUCUAUACAAAUGUGUGAUCUCUGGCUACAACCGUACAAAGAUGGCCACUAUGUCUGUCUGUCUAAACCCCAAAUACGGGGCGCUGCCCUCUGCCAAGAUGGACACUCUUUCUGAUUGUCUAUUUUAUAUGAGUAAACCCUGAUAUGGCUACAACUAUCAUCCAACAUUCUGUCUGAUUAUCUAUUCUAAAUACGCAACCAUGCCUGGUAAUGUAAGCGAAUGUGCCUCUCCUUCCUGCCCCAGAUAGUUGUUAUUCAGCAUUUUGGGGCAAUCUGUGCGGAAAUAAUAAUACAUGGCUUUAAAAACAAACUUAGAAAUAGAUUUUAAUCUAGACAUUUGAUAGCAAUUUGCCCUGCACAGUGCGUACAGAUUCCACUGAUGCUCUGUAAUGUUUAAACGUAUGUUUUAUCGCCCCCAGAAACCAUUAUUCCAUUUGAAAAUUAUUUUUGAAAAAGCAGCUACAGACAGCAAAGAAGGUUAUAGCCAUUAGGGAUCUCCAUCAUGUUCUACCAGUUAGGGAAAGGUGUUUGCCCCUAAAGUGCGAGGACUUCAUUAUUUAAUGUAGGGCGCCACCUUAAUGAUCUUCUCAAGAAUCCUGGCGACCAGGUGGCAGAAAUAUAGCCCAAGUCUAUAUUUGAUAGCCCCGUAUCAUCCAACUUACAACACGUACUAACUCCAAUCCUAAACACACAUUUAGAGUAUAAACUCCACCCCUUCUGUAUUAAUCGCAAGCUGUGCUGUAUUAACCCUUUAUUCCUGUGAUGAACUGAGCCUUGUCACAUGUUCUUGGAGGGGCCUGCUUGCCAGCCUCUUGCCAAAAGACUAUGGGCCAGGUCAGCGACUGUAAAGAUCCAUAUUUUAUUCCCCCUGGUUCGACACUUUCCAUAGAACCGAACACUAGCUCACUGGCGGACCAAAACCGUGAAUAGACUUCGGGGGGACUUAGCUGCGAAUGCCCUGGAACUAUUUUCGGCUUGAAUACUUUGCGGUUCCUGAACCUCUGAACCGAUCUGGGUGAUUUUUUGAUAUGUUAUAUCCCCGGAUUGUCCCAAUCUGGGUGAACAACUUUUGUGGGGGUUUCUUGUGUUUUAAGGCACUUCUGGGAUGUUUGGAAAAUGUGUGUUUUUUGUGUUUGGAGAUAAUUAAGUCAAGCACUAUACUAAAUUCAAUUAUCUCCCAGGCAUAGGGGAGGGAUUGAUCUAUUUUGUAUGGGAGUGUCCUGGACCUAAGAGCCAAUGUGAUUGUGUAUUUACUUCUACUGCGGUUUACUCUCAGGUCCAAGGGGGAGUGCCCCUUGCAUGGGGACUGUCAUAAAAGGCCAGUUGUGGCUACCAAUAAACGAGAUUUACUUUACCCUUAAUGAAGUCUAGUCUCAUGUUUGGGGGAUUGGAGAGCUAUAUUCACACUCAGGAUCACAACACUUGCUCUGAUAAGAGCAGCCUGCUUCUCUGGACUAGGAGAGGUCUACCCAUUGGAUGUUGGAUCCUGGUCUUGGAUCCAGGGUGGGUGGAGGACAGUGAGACCCCAACCAAGCUCCGGCUGUUUGUGGGGUUUAUGGUGUUCAGUGCAGUGCUUAUGGUGCUCAUAAGUACUAGGAAGCAGCGAUAAGUGGUUUUGUCUCAGAGUUACAGGGGACUUGGGGCGAACAAUGAAAUGUCGCCAAAGUGAAACCAAUGGUUUUUCAGGAUCUCACUUCCCAUUCCUCCCUAAUAAAAUAAUGAUCUGGGUUGGCACCAAAUGCUUGCUGUUGAUUCUGGUGCCAGUCCUGCUCUAGAGGUAUCUUGCCUGCAGUUUGAUAAAGACAGUGAUGAUCAUUCUUCCAUACCUAAACCCCCACAACUCUGGACAAUGUGCUCCUUUGUAGCUUUCACAGCUCGUAAGCUUGUUCCGUGAUAUUUUGGUUAUUAUUUGUAUUGAACUGGCUUGUCAUAGGCUGACUCUUUGACCGUAUGUGUAUAUAUACAUUUGUAUGUGUUCAUUCUCCCUGGUCUUCCACUUUCUGACUUACAUGAUUAGUAGGCUUCUGUGAAGUUACCACAGAGCUCCACAACAAUAGCACACGUAAUCUGUGGUGUGUAUGCGUGUCACAGAGCUCCACACAAAUAAAACUCAGAAAUGUGAGGUGUGUAUCAGAAAUACCAGAAACAAACGAAAUUAACUGAAAGUCAGUAUGUAUCUGAAUUCCAGCUUUUGUUAUAAUAGUAAAUAAAUAUAGAACUUAUGAUUCAAUGUAUCACAAAGAUACAAAGAACCAGCUCCGUACUCCCAUAGCCUGGGUUAUGCUGAUGGUGUCAUUCUUUCUCCAUUUGAUAAUGUGUAUGUUGUAGCAGUAACCCUAUAUCUUGUGUUGCAGUGAGUUACUCGAAGAUCUGGAGAACUGUGAAUCCGCCCACGGGAUUGCAGAAUGUUUUGUCAUGAGGGUAAGAUGCCCCCUGCUGGGCAAAUGGUUUCAAGCAGAAUAAUUUUGUAGCAUAUUUUUAAGAAUUGUAUUUGUGUUAUUCACGGAGCUUCAGAUAGUUUUUAAGUAUUGGUAAAUGUAUUUUGGAUUAGCUGUAUUUUCUAUGCAACAAUUAACUAUAUUUUAGUAUUGACAAAUCCACAUCUAAACUGAACAUUAUUCAGAUUAAUACAAGAUGGCCUUGAAUGCUCCCAAAAUAGCUCAGCGAGAUAGGUCAGCUAGCUUAAAAUAUACUUAAAUUAAAAAAUAAAACAAUUUUCAACUCACUAUUACUCUUGUCGGGAGACCCUUCGGUAUGGCUCCCUGUCUUCCUCACACAAUGGAAGGAUGGGACAAAGUGCACUGCCUCCUCUAUUAUUAUUAUUAAUUAUAUAGCGCCAGCAAAUUCUGUAGCGCUCUACAAUGGAUGGACUAACAGACACGUAGUUGUAACCAGACAAAUGGACGCACAGGAACAGAGGAGUUAAGGGCCAUGCUCAGUGAGUUUACAUGUUAGAGGGAGUGGGGUAUAGUGACACAGUAACAGAGGGAUUGAGGGCCCUGCUCAGUGAGUUUACAUGUUAGAGGGAGUGGGGUAUAGUGACACAGUAACAGAGGGAUUGAGGACCUGCUCAGUGAGUUUACAUGUUAGAGGGAGUGGGGUAUAGUGACACAGUAACAGAGGGAUUGAGGGCCCUGCUCAGUGAGUUUACAUGCUAGAGGGAGUGGGGUAUAGUGACACAGUAACAGAGGGAUUGGGGCCCUGCUCAGUGAGUUUACAUGUUAGAGGGAGUGGGGUAUAGUGACACAGUAACAGAGGGAUUGAGGGCCCCGCUCAGUGAGUUUACAUGUUAGAGGGAGUGGGGUAUAGUGACACAGUAACAGAGGGAUUGAGGCCCUGCUCAGUGAGUUUACAUGUUAGAGGGAGUGGGGUAUAGUGACACAGUAACAGAGGGAUUGAGGGCCCUGCUCAGUGAGUUUACAUGUUAGAGGGAGUGGGGUAUAGUGACACAGUAACAGAGGGAUUGAGGCCCUGCUCAGUGAGUUUACAUGUUAGAGGGAGUGGGGUAUAGUGACAGAGUAACAGAGGGAUUGAGGGCCCUGCUCAGUGAGUUUACAUGUUAGAGGGAGUGGGGUAUAGUGACACAGUAACAGAGGGAUUGAGGGCCCUGCUCAGUGAGUUUACAUGUUAGAGGGAGUGGGGUAUAGUGACACAGUAACAGAGGGAUUGAGGGCCUGCUCAGUGAGUUUACAUGUUAGAGGGAGUGGGGUAUAGUGACAGUAACAGAGGGAUUGAGGGCCUGCUCAGUGAGUUUACAUGUUAGAGGGAGUGGGGUAUAGUGACACAGUAACAGAGGGAUUGAGGGCCUGCUCAGUGAGUUUACAUGUUAGAGGGAGUGGGGUAUAGUGACACAGUAACAGAGGGAUUGAGGGCCUGCUCAGUGAGUUUACAUGUUAGAGGGAGUGGGGUAUAGUGACACAGUAACAGAGGGAUUGAGGGCCUGCUCAGUGAGUUUACAUGUUAGAGGGAGUGGGGUAUAGUGACACAGUAACAGAGGGAUUGAGGCCCUGCUCCAGUGAGUUUACAUGUUAGAGGGAGUGGGGUAUAGUGACACAGUAACAGAGGGAUUGAGGGCCCUGCUCAGUGAGUUUACAUGUUAGAGGGAGUGGGGUAUAGUGACACAGUAACAGAGGGAUUGAGGGCCCUGCUCAGUGAGUUUACAUGUUAGAGGGAGUGGGGUAUAGUGACACAGUAACAGAGGGAUUGAGGGGCCUGCUCAGUGAGUUUACAUGUUAGAGGGAGUGGGGUAUAGUGACAGUAACAGAGGGAUUGAGGCCCUGCUCAGUGAGUUUACAUGUUAGAGGGAGUGGGGUAUAGUGACACAGUAACAGAGGGAUUGAGGGCCUGCUCAGUGAGUUUACAUGUUAGAGGGAGUGGGGUAUAGUGACACAGUAACAGAGGGAUUGAGGGCCCUGCUCAGUGAGUUUACAUGUUAGAGGGAGUGGGGUAUAGUGACACAGUAACAGAGGGAUUGAGGGCCCUGCUCAGUGAGUUUACAUGUUAGAGGGAGUGGGGUAUAGUGACACAGUAACAGAGGGAUUGAGGGCCUGCUCAGUGAGUUUACAUGUUAGAGGGAGUGGGGUAUAGUGACACAGUAACAGAGGGAUUGAGGGCCUGCUCAGUGAGUUUACAUGUUAGAGGGAGUGGGGUAUAGUGACACAGUAACAGAGGGAUUGAGGGCCUGCUCAGUGAGUUUACAUGUUAGAGGGAGUGGGGUAUAGUGACACAGUAACAGAGGGAUUGAGGGCCUGCUCAGUGAGUUUACAUGUUAGAGGGAGUGGGGUAUAGUGACACAGUAACAGAGGGAUUGAGGGCCUGCUCAGUGAGUUUACAUGUUAGAGGGAGUGGGGUAUAGUGACACAGUAACAGAGGGAUUGAGGGCCCUGCUCAGUGAGUUUACAUGUUAGAGGGAGUGGGGUAUAGUGACACAGUAACAGAGGGAUUGAGGGCCCUGCUCAGUGAGUUUACAUGUUAGAGGGAGUGGGGUAUAGUGACACAGUAACAGAGGGAUUGAGGGCCUGCUCAGUGAGUUUACAUGUUAGAGGGAGUGGGGUAUAGUGACACAGUAACAGAGGGAUUGAGGGCCCUGCUCAGUGAGUUUACAUGUUAGAGGGAGUGGGGUAUAGUGACACAGUAACAGAGGGAUUGAGGGCCUGCUCAGUGAGUUUACAUGUUAGAGGGAGUGGGGUAUAGUGACACAGUAACAGAGGGAUUGAGGGCCCUGCUCAGUGAGUUUACAUGUUAGAGGGAGUGGGGUAUAGUGACACAGUAACAGAGGGAUUGAGGGCCUGCUCAGUAAGUUUACAUGCUGGAGGGAGUGGGGUAAAGUGACACAAAAGUUAUUAGUAGGGGCAAUGAAAUAGGCUGCUAGAAAAGUAUUCACUGAGAAUUUAGGUCAUUUUUGACAGUUGCAGGUGCUUGGGAAUGGGGGCUACAUAAUAAAUGAGGGGACGCAGCAGACCCCAAAUCAAUAUCAAUUGGAAAAUCAAUUCAAACCACUUGAAUUGAAAUGCCAGCUCACAAUCAAUAAAUCUCACGGAUUCCUGUAGGGAAUUGCCACAUAUGCCCUUACUUUAAAGGGACACUGUAGUUACCCAGAACAUUUCAUCUUAUUGAUGUUUCAGAGAAACUGCAAUUAAUACAUUGCAGGGUUAAGACUGUCUACCAGACACCCACUAGAGGCACUUCCUCUUUGUGAAAUGUCGCUAGACGUCCUCAUGCUUUGUCUAGUGUCAUCAAUGGGAUAUGUGGUGCUCCCCACGUAUGUACAUUCGAUUUAUCCAACCAGCUGACGUCGGAGGAGGAACUCGAACCAGAGCCAAGGGACCAUGGCGCUGCAAUCAGUUACAUGUAAAAAGGGGUUAGAACUGUUUGACCCCUGGCCGGGAUGGGCGAGCAAUACUAUAGUGUUAGGAAUGUAGUAUUAUAUUCCCAACACUAUAGUGUUCCUUUAAAUUUUUCAUCUAUGUCUCAUAUUUCUUUUACAAGUUGAUCGAAUAAUCAAUUAAGGGAAAAAUUUCACUUUGUGGAUUUUGCCUCUAGAAAUAACAGCUUAGAUCGUUAAAAUAAAAUGCCAGUGCCCAAAUUAAAAUACAAACAUUAAAGGACCACUAUAGUGCCAGGAAAACAUACUCGUUUUCCUGGCACUAUAGUGCCCUGAGGGUGCCCCCACCCUCAGGGUCCCCCUCCCGCCCGGCUCUGGAAAGGGGAAAGGGGUUAAAACUUACCUUUUUCCAGCGCUGGGCGGAGAGCUCUCUCCUUCUCUCCUCCUCCGUUCCGCCCCGUCGGCUGAAUGCGCACGAGCGGCAAGAGUUGCGCGCGCAUUCAGCCGGUCACAUAGGAAAGCAUUCAUAAUGCUUUCCUAUGGACGCUGGCGUGCUCUCACUGUGAAAAUCACAGUGAGAAGCACGCAAGCGCCUCUAGUGGCUGUCAAUGAGACAGCCACUAGAGGCUUUGGGGAAGGCUUAACCCAUUCAUAAACAUAGCAGUUUCUCUGAAACUGCUAUGUUUAUUAAAAAAUGGGUUAACCCUAGAAGGACCAGGCACCCAGACCACUUCAUUAAGCUGAAGUGGUCUGGGUGCCUAGAGUGGUCCUUUAAAUAAAAAUCACUUGGCACAAGCUAAACUGCUUUAGGUGAUUGGAGUGCCCUUUUAAGGACAACUUCCUGUCACGUGAUUCCCUCUGAUUUAAGUUGACCACCGUAAUUUUUAUUUUUUUAUGGGGGACAUGUUUUGGGAUUGAGAGCCUGCUAAAAUGAUAUCAAACUUUCAGCAGAAAGCAGUAUCAAUUUCUCCAAUAGUUUCUGUAGUACUAUUGUUUGCCGAAUUGCUUAAAAAAAAAAUCAUAAACAAAUAAAACACACAUUUAGCAGAAUGUGAAAUUAGUUCUUAUUGUUCUGUUGUUUUCUCUUUUAUUCACAGAGUGAAGAGUUUGACAUAUACACCCUUUACUGCAUGAACUACCCUAGGUAACCUGCAAUCUCUCCUACUACUCCUUAAUCUACCUUGAACCCCAGAAUCCGCAGAAUGGGAAUAUAGGGGACAGGUUCAGGAAGAGAGGGCCUGGGUGUGAUGGUGAACCUAGAAGAAGGGCCACGGAGGCUAUAAAUCAGAAACUAUUACCGUCUCUCCUAGUCACUCAAAAUAGCACAUGAAGCCCUGCGGAGACUAAUGCUAGGGUUGGGUUUGCCAGGAAUUUAUAAUGACAUGUUCUGUCUUGUUUCAUGUAAUAAAAGUGAUAUUUCUGUAAAAUUACAAAUUUACUUUUAUAACAUUAAAUAUGAUAAUUUGGGACUAUUGAUUCACGCAUCAUAACCACAAAUCAUAAGUUUAAUAGCAGAUGGUUGGAUUAAUGUCAGAGAGGCGGUGAACCGGCCACUUGUAGGGAAAAAAAGCUUCAUACUGAUUGUAGGCAAUACUGAUUUAAGAGUCACUUCCCAUUCAGCAGAUCCAACUAAUAAUGAGAGACCCAGUGAGCUUACACUUCAGUGUCUCCACCCGAGGAGAUACUACCUCUCCAAAUCUGCUUCCAAUCCAGCCUCAAGUCUAGGUUCCAGUCUAGCCUUUGAUCUAGCCUCUCAUCUAGGUUCAAUCCAACCGCCAAUCUAGGUUUCAAUCAAGCCUCUGAUCCAGCCUCUAAACAAUCUUCCAAACCAGCCUCUGACCCAGCUUCAUAUCCAGCCUUCAAUCUAGGUUUCAGUCCAGCCUCCUAAUUGAGCAAGUUAUCAUGUGUCAAGCACUGGCUAAAUACUCUAAUAAGGCAGGUCUUGGCAUCAUUGGCAUGGUCUAUAUGGGACAAAAAAAACAAACAUCCUGCUAAGGCCAUUUUACUGAAGACUAUGUAGAAACACAUUAUCUAGAAACCAUUGCAUCAAAGGGGUAAAAUCCAAAGUUCAGCUGCUGAUAGACAUUGAUUCUAGAUGCAGAUCAUGCAGAAAUUUGGUGAAAAGUAGACAUUUUAGAAGGCCAACAGCCUGAAUGCCAUUGCUAUUUUAAGCUGCUCUUCUUUCUAGCAUCUAGUGAUGAAAUGCACAAAUAGAUUAGCCCAGAGUAACACUGUUUUCUGCAGUUAUAAAAUGUUUUACAUUCUUCUUCCUAGCUCAGUGUCUGUUCUGCGCGAGUGCAUGAAGAGUGACGUUCUAGUGCAGUUCUUCAAAGAGCGACAGAUGGUCUUAUCGCACUCCCUCCCACUGGAGACUUAUCUUCUCAAACCUGUGCAGCGUAUAAUGAAAUAUCACCUCCUCCUGCAGGUGAGGCAAGGGUGGUCAUUUCCACUGAGAAAGGCCCUAAUUCUGCCACCUUUUAUUGAUUCUCUGUUUUUGUUGACUAUUUCAGACUAUACCCUAAGAUUUGACCACUUGUGUCGCCAUUUUCUAGGGGUCUCUGUGGCAGACCAUCUCCGUAACUGUAUUUUAGAUCUUCCUGUGGCAAAUCUCACCUACCUCUUCACUGUGUUCUAACACAUGUCCUCUGGCCACUGGACAUUCGAAGAACUGACAAUUCCCUGAGAUUUGACUGUUUCUCUCCAAUGUUCUAAAUCGGCUUGUGAAAUAUCUCCUGAUAAUUGACCAUGGCCUCAAUCUAAUUCUUUGGGAUAAGCUUUUUAAAAUGAUCACAAUCUGUAAGAACAUUUUUUUCAAAUAAUUUGUCUAAAACAAUUCCCAUAGACAUUAAUGAUAUAUCUACAGAACUCACCAUUAAGUGGAUGCGUUCUAGGCCAUUUUCUGACAUUAUGUUUGACAUCUAUCCCAUUUUUGUGACCCUAUUCCUGGUAUGUUCCUUCUUCUCUCCCUACAUUUUGAGUGUCCUGCUGGCACUGUCCCUGGUUCUGCCACCCCAUCUGUCCUGUGAAAGUGUGUCCGGCAGCUGGACUACUUCAAUUAGCAGGUUCUGAGCUAUCUCUUGAUAUUUUGUCCUGACCUGUAACUCUUAGUAUUAUGUUACUGAAAUCUGACUGCAUGUGUACAUUCAUCCUUGCUCUUUGCUAUGCCUUGUCCCCUGAAAGUUUAGCAUUCCCAUCUCUUGCAGGAGUUAGCCAAGCACUUUGAUAAAAAUGCUCCUGGAUAUGAGGUGGUGGAAGAAGCCAUUAUUACAAUGACUGCAGUUGCCUGGUAUAUUAAUGACAUGAAGAGAAAGCAGGAACAUGCUGUUAGACUUCAGGUACAGAGUAUGGAGAUAAAUGUAUAUCGGUCUUUCCUCUGUUGUAUUUUCUCUGCUAAUCCGUGUUUCUUUUCAGGAGAUCCAGAGACAGCUGGUUAACUGGCAGGGUCCAGACCUGGGUGGUUUUGGAGAGCUGGUCCUGGAAGGGACAUUUCGAGUACAACGUGUGAAGAAGGAGAGAGCAUUCUUCUUGUUUAGCAAAAUGAUUCUCAUCGCCAAGAAGCGAACAGAUCUCUUUAUCUAUAAAAUGCACAUCUUUGUGAGUAACUUCACCCUGGCAUCACCACAAACGUACAUGCUUCCCCCACUGAUUGUAAUUCAUCUGAUUCCCUGUGCCAUGAGACAGCCUGCACUCUAAUUCCUGUGGAAAUAAAAAUAAAUGAUGUACAGUUGGUGGAAUGGUCACAUAGGUCUAUUUUCUACCCUAUGUGCAAUAACUAGUAAACUGAUAAUGUGAUAUGUUUUACCAUUCAUUGUCUCUCUCCCUCCCAGUGCUGUAACUUGGCUCUUAUGGAGCAUCUCAAGGAUGCACUGAGUUUCCGGGUGUCAGACUUAACUAUUCCUAAACAUCAACAAGUGAUCCAGGUGAGAGCUGACGUGACCAAUCCGUGUUUAAUAUUAAUUGCACACUGAUAAUGUAUAGACUACUAAUGUACUUUAACAGCCUAUUGACAUCCUCAGCUGGUCAGCACAGACAUUGUGAUACAAAUGUAUGUAACCAGUCUGUGCUCACAGGCAGUCAGCACAGUGUAUAUCAGCAGAAUAGUUUUUUGCCAUAAUGUCAAUCAGUGCACACUGUCAGCUGAUGUAUCACAGGUCCGUGUUCACACAGUCAGUACACACUGUCAGCACAUGUAUAACCAGUCUGUGUUCACCAACGCAUUGUACACACCCAGUCAGUUCAUAUUUAAGCAGUCUGUACACACAGAUUCAGACAGUACAGGUCAGUCAGAAUAAGUACACACUCCCAGGGACAAUCAGUACAUGCUGUAACCGGACUUGUAACCAUUUCCAGGCUAGAAACCAGGAGGAGAAACGGCUGUGGAUUCAUCAUAUAAAAAGACUGAUUGUGGAAAAUCAUCCAGCGUCCAUCCCUCAAAAGGUAACCGUUAUUUAUGUACACACUAUGCUAUAUACACACUGUGCGAGGUACCCACUAUGGUAUAUACACUGUGCUAGGUAAACACACCGUGUGAGGUACACACUUGUGACGGACUGAGUCACGUGUUCUUGGAGGGGCCUACUGGCCAGCAUCUUACCAAAAGACUUUGGUCCCUUUAAAAAUCCAUGUGAACAGACUUGGUUCAUGGAAAUUUAUAUUUGGUUCGGAAGCCGAACAGCUGCACGAACCGGAGACCACCCUGGAGCUUGUUAAGCCUAAUUGCUACUUUGUAGCAAUUUCCACCACAGGGUUCUAAGUGUUCGUCUGGGUGGCCGCAAUUCCUAUGGACAACCACGAGGUGGCAGCCAUCUUGUUCCCGCGAACGCAGGCAGCGGUGUUGGGGCAUGAAUCUCAUGGAACUGAAAUCGGACACAGAAACUCCUGAACACAGCUGGAUUUCCAGCAUCGCCUGCGUUCGGUUCUACAACACAUAGGAAGACACUGUUCGGUAGAAACGUUCCCACGAACAGGGGGAUCAAGCUCCAGGGUAAGACUAUUGACUCUGUUCUGUAGUUUUCGUUUUUAAACUACCGAACUAGACCGACCGCAAGCCCUGAUUCUCUGGAACUGUUUUAGGCAUGGGACCAUGCGGCCGGUCGGUCAAAUUAUGACUUCCGGGAAAUUCCUGAACCCCUAAACUGAUCUGGGUGAUUUUUGCAUAUGUUGGUCAUCUAGAUCAGGGCUGUCAGGGAAUGUAACUUUUGUGGGUGUUGUGUGUGUUUAAAGGUAAUUUGGGGGUUUUGUUAAAAUGUAUGGUUUUCUGUGCCUGGAGAUAAUUGAGUUUAAUACAGUGGCUGACUCAAUUAUCUACCAGGCAUAGGGGAGGGAUUGACCUAUUUUGUAUGGGAGUGUCCUGGACCUGAGAGCCAAUGUAAUUGUGUAUAUGAUUUUACUGUAGUCUAGUUUCAGGUCCGGGGGCUUGCAUGGGAACCUGCAUAUAAGGACAGCUGUGGCUGCCAUUAAACAGAUGAAUUUUACCCUUCAUGAAGUCUAGGCUCAUGUUUGGGGGAUUGGAGAGCUAUAUUCACUCUGGGGAUUGCUAUAAUCACUAUACUCCAUUGGAUCACAAUGAUUGCUCUUGUAAGAGCACCUGCUUUGCUCUCUGAACUAGGGGAAGUAUACCCACUGGAAGCUGGAUCCUGGUCUUGGGUUAAGGGUAGGUGGAGGACAGCAAGACCCCAACCAAGCUGCGGCAGUUUGUGGGGUUACGGUGUCUGGUGCGGUGCUUAUGGUACACAAGGAUUACUAGGAAGCAGCGAUUGAUGGAGGUACCCACUUGGGGUGCCAGGCGGUCCGUCACAAUACUAUGCUAGGUAUACAUUAUUGUAUAUACAUCCCUCUAUCAAAAUCCUUUUUCUCAAUUUUUUGCAGGCAAAGCAAGUUCUUCUAGAAAACACCUACCAACGUAAGUAAUAUCUGUCUGUCCAUGUCCUGAUUUACAACAUUAAAAUGAAAUUGAGAGACAUAUGUCAGACUUGAUGUUGUUACUGGGGUCUAUCUCUGGGUGUAUAUCUUUGGGGGCUAUAUCUUGGGAUUAUUUCUUGGUGAUAGCUCUGAAGGUUAUCUCUAGGGGCUCUCUCUCGAAUGCCGUUUCCAUUGUAUAUAAUGAAUUUGCGAAACGUUACAUUAGGUCUAAAAACGUCCACAUCACAUAGGGGAGCCCGUUCUAGUACCUUUUGAGUCAUUUAGUGCACAUAUGAAGGACUAUCAUCUAUGGAGAGGGGAGAAGGCAGAUACUCAACCAUGAAAAUAAAAAUAUUAAAUAAGUCUGUUUUUAAUUUAUAUAAAUAUCUUUAAAGUUAAAAUCACACAAAUGCAUAUAACAUAACUCACAAUAAAACAUUUAAUCAUCUUCAAAACAUCUGAAAUUAAACAUGCAUAUAAAAAAGCAAUAUAGCAGCACAAAUCAAUGUCAGCAACAAACAGCAGCGAAAGGUUCCCCACGAGAGGCGCUGUGAAAGUCUUAUACCCACGAUAGUAAGGGAUACAGCGUAUGAUAACACUGGGAAUAGCUGUCCUAUUCAGAGAACCUUCAGGGGGUCCCGCACAGGUCAGGAUUCCUGUCUUGUUCCAGAGUCCCAAUUCAGUGUUGGAGAGUUUGUGCCCAGGUCAUUUCUCCAACUGCUCUCUGUUGAAAAUUUCAGUAAGUCUAAAAGCCAAACGCAUUUCCCCUAUCAAUGGCUCAAUCUAGAUUUUUCUCUCUCUAUUUCUUCUCCUGCCUCAGCCUCCUUUGAAUAACAAGCCUAAUUAUAUAUAUAUCUUGUUUAGGCCCUUAUUCAAUGCCCUUUCAUAGUUUCUACCUUGCGUGCAGCAAGUCUUUCUUGUAAUUUUGAUAUUGACCUUCGCUUGUUUAUUGACUUUGUGCACUUCUGGAAUCCUGAGCCGGCUUGUUAAUUUGUAUAUCUGUAUUUCUAUAAUCCUGAUCAGGGCAAUUUCUGACUUUGUCUUUACCUAACAUUAAGAACCGGAAACUCUAAAGCCUGGUACAUUUUUGAUCCUCCAUUUGUGGGUUUCCCAUAUCCUGUAAGUUGGGGUAAUCACCCGUGACACCAUGUGAAAAAGCCCAGGGGGUGCAGGCGGAACCCAGGUUCCAGAUUCCAAUAUUCACAAUUUAUCUCCAUUGGUGUGUAUGUAUAAAAAUAGCACAAAAACUAAAAUAGAAGAAUCUACUCUCUAUAAAUAUGUACAUUGUAGCCAUGUUCAGCUUGGUAAUCUUCAUUAAAGGGACACUAUAGUCACCUGAACAACUUUAGCUUAAUGAAGCAGUUUUGGUGUAUAGAACAUGCCCCUGCAGCCUCACUGCUCAAUCCUCUGCCAUUUAGGAGUUAAAUCCCUUUGUUUAUGAACCCUAGUCACACCUCCCUGCAUGUGACAUGCACAGCCUUCCAUAAACACUUCCUGUAAAGAGAGCCCUAUUUAGGCUUUCUUUAUUGCAAGUUCUGUUUAAUUAAGAUUUUCUUAUCCCCUGCUAUGUUAAUAGCUUGCUAGACCCUGCAAGAGCCUCCUGUAUGUGAUUAAAGUUCAAUUUAGAGAUUGAGAUACAAUUAUUUAAGGUAAAUUACAUCUGUUUGAAAGUGAAACCAGUUUUUUUUUUCAUGCAGGCUCUGUCAAUCAUAGCCAGGGGAGGUGUGGCUAGGGCUGCAUAAACAGAAACAAAGUGAUUUAACUCCUAAAUGGCAGUGAAUUGAGCAGUGAAAUUGCAGGGGAAUGAUCUAUACACUAAAACUACUUUAUUUAGCUAAAGUAAUUUAGGUGACUAUAGUGUUCCUUUAAUCAUACCAUGCCAGUAAUGAUGGACUGCAUACAAAUAGCCUGCAAACUGCUAAAAAAAAAACCUAUUUGAUUAGCAGACGUAGGACGCAUUCCCGGCAUCAGGACAAAUCCAUCUAUUUUGAGAUUUUAUUUUUAACUGAACAAAUUUUGUAGAAAUUAUUUUGAGCAGUGUGUGGGAACUGUUUUUUUUUUUUUUUUUGCCAUUUCUUGUAAUUUCUAUCCAUAUUAGUGUUUUGCUAUAUAUAGAGAGUAUAAAAAAGACAUUUUUCAUUUAAAAACACAAAAUACAAUCUGUAUGAGUGAACUUAAUGACAAAGUGUGAAAUUACAGUGCAGCAUGUACAGCAAAAAAGUGCCAAAAUUGCAAACUCUAUAUGGAAACUGGGAAAAUCUCACUAACAAAGAGGUUUAUCAUUCAAAUUGCACUAUACCCGUGAAACACAGACAAACUGGGUAAUAGCUGUCCUACAGUAACAAAUUAUAGUGAGUGUAUGCAUGGGAAGGAGGCUCACAGUAAAUGUGUGUGUGCAGGGGAGUAUUCUCCGAACGUUGCAGUAAUAAUGAUACCCAUUAACCCAAUACAGAUUCUCUAGAUUUGCGAAUCUUCCCAGACCCAGUAAAAUCUCCCAGAAUGGAUGAUUUGUGGACUUUUCCGCGGAGCCGAAGACAAUCAGGUGAGGAUUUGAGUUUAUCCAUUGAGACUUUGGUCUUUUUGUACGUAAAGUCUUUCUCAUAAUAUGAUAAUGUCAUUUUUAUCAAGGAGGAAUAAUACUAUCUUUAUGACAUCUUGAAUUUUCCAUCACAGUACAAUCUCCAAACUGCAGUAAUUUGAGAAUGGAAUUCCAAAAUGUAGGCACAAAGUGCUGAUUUGGCAGAAUUCCCUAACCCAGCUGCAGACACAUUUUAGCCUGAAUGGAGUAGUUUGGCCUCCAGUUUAUUAGAAUUGGUGAAUAAAUUAUAGCGUGCACGUUAAAUCUUUAAUUUUACACUAGAUAUGAUCUGAUUGGAAGAGAAAUGGAGGUAGGAGAUAAAGUACAGUCAGGCACUGAAAUGAGAGUUAAUGUUCGGCGUAAGUAGGUUAUACUCCAUGUUAUGGUGGGCACCCUCCAUGUUCUCACUACAUUUCAAGAAAAGGAAGAGAGAAACUGCCUAAAAAAUAUAGAUAUGCGUAUAAAAAAUAACCUUUAAUAGUGAACGAGAUACAAGAGUGGUUAAUUGGCACAUUCACUCUCGGUACAUCUGAGUAUUACCAUACAGAGGCACCAGUGAAAUUUGUGCAGAAUUGUAAGAUUUAAAAAAGAGACACACAACACUUCAUUUAGUGAGGAUGUCAUUAAAAAAAAUAUAUAUCAAUUACAUCCUAUCAGUUGCAUCCUACUAUAGCAUUGGUCUCAUGUUACAGUUAAUAUAGGAUAUAGUGUUCCAAUAAGUCAAGCUCUAACAGAUAUAUAUUGUCUGCAGCACUCUACAGAAUAAUCAUAUAUAUAGAUUAGGAGGCGAUUAUAGUUAGGAUAUGCGUCCUUUGCUUAGGAGAGCACCUACUCUGGUUUGUUACUGAUGUCACCCCAGUGAUAUUAUGCCAUAAAACACAGUGAAAUAGCCAGAAAGAAAUAGUUACUGUGCCUUCGAGGGCACCUACCAGAUAGGAGAACUAACUGCAGGAAAUGAAGCCUUACCGGCGAAACGCGCGUCGGGGUUUCUUUCGAUCUCUCCCAGCAUUCUAUCCAGUGCACCUGCAACAAUUAUCUUUGGACAUCUCUAUUGAAUUAUUAUCUAUAUUAGCUUUGUGGUGUAUGUUGGGAGGGUGUGUAGGAUUUAGCCGCAUACCAAUUCUGUGGCUUAAUUCUUUCAAGCUUUUCAGUGUAGCGACAUUAGAUUAUGACAGACCACACAUUGUAUUCACUGUAACUACCGCGAUUUAAACGUUAGCUAAUUUAUCUUUAUAUUAGAGAGGUGCCCUUGAAGGCACAGAUAUAAUUGGGAGGACAUUUACAUAUAUGCAUAUUUAUUCUUCUCUCUCUCUUUCUUUGCUUCAUUACCUGCAGUUAGUUCUCCUAUCUGGUAGGUGCCCUCGAAGGCACAGUAACUAUUUCUUUCUGGCUAUUUCACUGUGUUUUAUGGCAUAAUAUCACUGGGGUGACAUCAGUAACAAACCAGAGUAGGUGCUCUCCUAAGCAAAGGACGCAUAUCCUAACUAUAAUCGCCUCCUAAUCUAUAUAUAUGAUUAUUCUGUAGAGUGCUGCAGACAAUAUAUAUCUGUUAGAGCUUGACUUAUUGGAACACUAUAUCCUAUAUUAACUGUAACAUGAGACCAAUGCUAUAGUAGGAUGCAACUGAUAGGAUGUAAUUGAUAUAUAUUUUUUUUAACGACAUCCUCACUAAAUGAAGUGUUGUGUGUCUCUUUUUUAAAUCUUACAAUUCUGCACAAAUUUCACUGGUGCCUCUGUAAUGUAAUACUCAGAUGUACCGAGAGUGAAUGUGCCAAUUAACCACUCUUGUAUCUCGUUCACUAUUAAAGGUUAUUUUUUAUACGCAUAUCUAUAUUUUUUAGGCAGUUUCUCUCUUCCUUUUUUUGCCACUACAUUUUGUUUAGGGUUAACCCCUUCACUGCCUUUAUACUUUCUAUAUAUUAGGCUUGCACUCUGUCAAAACACUACAUUUCAAGGUUCCAUAAAUGUCAUUCACAGAGCCACCCCAGUACAUGUACAGUCCCCAGCGGACUAAGAAAUCAUUCACUUUAUUGAGUCUCAACAGCAGUUCCCCACAUCGCCGCGGACGCAGACUGUCUGGUGAGUGAGCAUACACAGAGGUAGACAGGUUCACUGAGUGACCACUCACUUCUAAAUGUUGCUUUCCUAUCCAAUAGAGCCAGCCAAGGAAAUCCAGGAAACACUGGAACAUAGAGGUAAGUGAAUGCUCAGUACGGUCACUUAGUACCUCUGCAGCAAUGCUGUACAAUCAAUCAAAUAGCACACCAGCAGCAUUGCUCUACAAUCACAUAGUAAUAGCACAUCUAUUCUGAUUAGCGUACCUCUCCAUAUGAUCUGUACGGUUACAGCGUACCUCCCCAUAUGAUCUGUACGGUUACAGCGUACCUCCCCAUAUGAUCUGUACGGUUACAACGUACCUCUCCAUAUGAUCUGUACGGUUACAACGUACCUCUCCAUAUGAUCUGUACGGUUACAACGUACCUCUCCAUAUGAUCUGUACGGUUAUAACGUACCUCUCCAUAUGAUCUGUACGGUUAUAGCGUCCCUCUCCAUAUGAUCUGUACGGUUAUAGCGUCCCUCUCCAUAUGAUCUGUACGGUUAUAGCGUCCCUCUCCAUAUGAUCUGUACGGUUAUAGCAUCCCUCUCCAUAUGAUCUGUACGGUUAUAGCGUACCUCUCCAUAUGAUCUGUACGGUUAUAGCGUACCUCUCCAUAUGAUCUGUACGGUUAUAGUGUACCUCUCCAUAUGAUCUGUACGGUUACAGCGUACCUCUCCAUAUGAUCUGUACGGUUAUAGCGUACCUCUCCAUAUGAUCUGUACGGUUAUAGCGUACCUCCCCAUAUGAUCUGUACGGUUAUAGCGUACCUCCCCAUAUGAUCUGUACAGUUAUAGCGUCCCUCUCCAUAUGAUCUGUACGUUAUAGCGUCCCUCUCCAUAUGAUCUGUACGGUUAUAUUGUACCUCUCGCUAUGCUCUAGUCUCAUGACCCUCACACUUGCCCAGUCAUUAUAACACUAUAUCUGUUGGUUUGUUUUCCAGGUGGAGCACCAUUGAAGGCAAGUUUCAUUCAUUCAUUUUGGCUGCAGGAUUUUUCAGACUGAAUGUCGCAUGUUGGCAUGCAUUUAGGCUAAAUCAGGAUUAUUGUUUUUUUGUUCAUAUAAAGCUCAUCAGAUGAAACACACACAAUGAUCCAUUUUUAUGGAUCUGGGAUAGAAGCAGACGUUCAAAUGAAUUUGUCUCUGGGGUGGUGAACAGUGAACAUGUUGGUAAAGCUACUCGCAGGCUGCACACUGACCUUAGCAAUGCAAACCCACAAUGCCAACGAGUAGCAAUGGUAACAUGGAUCUUUAGAUGUCAUUUGUAGAGGGGACCUGAUUAGAUUAUGAAUAAAGAUGAUGAUCUCUCACUGUAACGAAUAACCAGUACAAACAGCAUGUUUCUUAAAUAGAGUAUAUCCUCAGUUACUACAGAAAAGGAAAAGAUUCUGCCUAGAAUAGCCUCUCCCCACCAUGUCAGGCACAAAAACACCGGGAGAGGACAGUAAGUGCUAGAACUUGCACCAGCACUCAGAAUAAUGUAUGCAGUCACUCACAAGCAAUGACAAGGCAGGGAUUCAGGUUGGAGGCCAGAGAUAAAGCUCUAGUUCCACCUAUUGGGCAUGAAUCCAUUUAAUGCAUGUUCCAUACACACUGCAAGGUGAUCAAGCAAGAGGGAAAAAGAUUGGGCCUGUUCUAUGCAUACAACAAUCCCCAUAUUGGUUUAUCGUGUGACAAUGAAUCUGUUUUCCCAUGUUUUUUGCAUAGUAUAAGGCAUGUCGUGUGACAGCAAAGUCGUAUUCUACAUCGGGUUUUAGUAAACCAUUAUCUCACGCCCAAUGCUUUCCUCUACAGCAUGCGGGCAGUGAAGGAGAGCUUUUUCCUUCCUCUGGCUCUCUCAAGUCUUCUGACAGUGUCUGUACCUUGGAGUCCAGCAUCCUGGAGACAGCAGGCGAAGUCUGUGAGGAGACCCUAGAGGAAUCCUCUUUCUGUUUGCCAGAAGAUGCCUUGUUUGGCAGCCUCUCUAUCACAGAAGAAAUCAUGGAAUUGCUCAACCAGAAGGGAUUGCGGUCUGAUGUGAAAGACAUGGAGAAUUGCAAUGAUGAUCCACAGAAGCAGACAGUUCUGCCAGAAGCAGAGGAGCAGGUAAAAAUGGCGGCUUCAAAGACCUGGACAUACAAUCAGCAAUAGAAUUAUAAGUCAAAGCAUCUGUAAUAUCAAUAAUUUUGAGGUUUAUACGUGGUCUAUGUGCUUAAUCUCUAGGAAUGUUAACAAUAUAUAGCUUUUAACAAUGAACAUAGCUCUAUAAUUUUAUAAUUAAUAUUUAAUUUCUAUUAUCUGUAACCAGCUUACUACUGAACCAAAGAUGAUUGGACCACAGGAAGAUCUGAUUGAAGCAAAUAAUAAAGACUCUGCGCCAUUAGAGGAAACUGGAGAUGAAUUACCGGAUACUCGUGUGGUUGACACAAACUCAGAAGAUUGCCCAGGGCACACAGCCACAGGAGAAGGUUGUGUGGAAUCUCCGACAUGCCAAUCACAUUCCACCAGUUAUUGCUCAGAGGAAGGGAAGAAAAAGAAUGCCAGCAAGGAAUGUCCUCUGCAUGUAUUAGAGGAAGAGGAUUCUACAAAUUGCGUAGUAGAGGCUCCCAAACACAGUGAAUUACAAGAGGAACUCUCUCCUUGUGUUGUGGAAGACAUAACACACAUUAAGAGUAAAGAAGGGCAGAAUAAAACAGAAACUAAGGAGAAUGGCAAAACUGAGCGAGGAGAUCUGGAAAAGGCAAACGAAGGUCAGAUUGAAAAAUGUGUGAAGGUCAAGAGAGACUCCACCCUGACCCACGAUGACCGUUUGCUGAUUGAAAGAAUCAAACAUUACUAUGAAACAGCAGAGGCUGGGGCUUCGUUUCUGGGUAAGGAGGACAGCAUCUGCUACAUCCCAACUGGGGUAGUGAAGGACUCAAUUUUGAGAUUCAAUUACAUCCUACAGCAGGAGGUAAAAAAAGACAGGGAAAGGAGUUUAUGUGAGAGCAAUGGCUGUACCAUCAAUAGUAAGCAGACCAGUCCACCAAGGAAACUACAGUCAUGUAUAGAUAAGGAGUGUGACCGACCCAAAACCCUUCUGGGAAACACCAGUUCUGUAAAGCUUCCUUUAGAGCAAGAUUCAGAGUACAAAUCCUGUGCAGAGAUCCGAAAAGCCUGGAAAGAAAAGGAGAAACCAAACAAUCCAGAAAGCUAUGGAGUCCUAAAAAGGCAUGGUAGACAUGAAGAUCAAGACAAUGUGCUAGUCAUUGUUGAGGAGUCCGACCUUGAAUUUGGAGCCCAGGUACUGAAAGAAGAUUCUGUGAAAGAAGUCAAAAAGGAGCAGAAGAAAACCAACACAGAAUUAAAAGUUACAAAACAGAAUUCUCACCAAAAUUUGGAAGCGGACAACAAAAUUGCAUUCUGUCCUUCUAGUCUGGGCCUAUAUGAAACAGAGGAUAUUUGCCUGAUUGAAAACUCGGAGAAGAUCAUUAACAAGGUACAGCUGCUGGCCAAGAUGUACAGUGAGAAGAUCAGCAGAAUGAAGACUCAAAAAAGAAAUGGUGACAAGAGGCCAGUGAUGCUGAAUAAGGCAAUAACGAGAAGUCUACCUCAAGUCAUUGAGGACAGACCAAGAGGAAGAAACAUGGCAGGUGAGUAGAGACAUUUGAAAAUGGCUACACUCCCGACAGUGAUCAUUUUAUUGCUGUUUGGCCAUCUCGUGAGUAAACCAUUAAUGAAGGAAUAUACUAGGUUAUAAAAUGUACAAAUAAAAUCACUCCCACUACAACAUUGCAUCAUAAUAUAUAUACAAAAAAAAAAAAAAUAAACUUGCAUAAUUUUUUUUCCUUUGGAGAAAAUACUGAAUAUUUAGACCAGUGAACAGUGCAUUAUACCGCUUGACAGAUACCCAAAUGGUUAAAAUUAUUAUGAAAUAUAAACAUGCUUCUUACAACAGGGCUUGACAAAUUUGCUUCAAAUCUAGGAGUCAGCAAAAAAAAAAAAAAAGUUAGGAGCCAGGUUUUUCAAUGUCAAAAAUACACUAUAAUCACCAGUACCACUACUGCUUAAUGUAGUUGUUCUCGUGUCUAUAACCUGUCCCUCCACAAUUUUCAAUGUAAAACCUGCCUUUUCAGAAAAAAGGCAGUAUUUACAUUGUUGCCUAGUAACACUUCUAGUGAAAGUCACUCAGAGGGCCUCUAGAGUGCAUCCUGGGUCAGUGCUGCAUGGAGGUGCUGAAUGUUCCCCAUAGAAAUACAUUAAUUCAAUUCAUCUCUAUGAGGAGAUGCUGAUUCAAAACGCCAUGCCGUGCCAAACACAUGCAGAAUAGCCUCCCAAUGUUUUCCUAUGGGAAAGCAUUGGAUUGGCUGAGAUCAUCAAGGAAAAAGGUGAUUAAAAACCCUUUACCCGUGUGAUUGGAGGGGGACCGGUCACCUAAACACACACUCACUGACACACACAUACUCUCACUCAUUGACUGGCACACAUACUUACAUUCUCAGUCACUGCAAUAACAACACACAUUAAGGUGACCACCCAGCCUCCCCACCUGGAACUGGAGUGGUUCGGCUUUCCCUGGGGUCUAGUGGGGCGUCAGUCAUCUCCCUGCUCUGCAUCAUAGAGCGCUGUUUAGUGAUGCCGGGGCUGGAAUGACGUCAUAUUCCAGCUCCCAGCAUCACUGGAUGACGCGCGAGGGAGCAGAGUAAAGAGGUUACAGCUCCCUCACAUGCCUGCCAAUCUGCAACAAUCUUCUAGGAGCCUCCUGCACGUGCGCACACCGGACUCUCUCCCGAAGCAGGAAAACCGACCACAUGCCCAUGCUCUCCAUCAGCUGGCUGGGUGGCCGACCUCCCGCAAAUGCUCUCCCUUUAGCUGGGCGGGCGGCCGACCGCAUGCCCAUGCUCUUUAUGAGCCUGCCGGCCGCCCGCCUUCACUCAUAGGCGGCCAACCACCUCAGGGACUGUAUGGGCUAACAAAUCCCAGGCGCCAGGACUAAAAUCCUAGUCGCCAUGGUGACCUGUGAUUUGUCGAGCCCUGUCUUACAAGAUGGUUGUGAUACUGGCUGUUACGGCACACUCAGCAUAAAAGGGUUAAACCGCCGUUUAGGAGAUCUUCCCCUUCCAGAGAUACAGGCACAGCUACUGCAGAACACCAAACAUCCGAACCGCAUAUAAGGGAAUGCUCUAAACUCCCGAACUGGAUACAAAAUAGCACUCCAAACUCUCGAACUGGAACCUCACGAACAGCUGCUAGCAGACGAAUAGGAAAAGCACCCAAGCGGCUUACACUCCUAGCAAACAGUCUCUAUCAGCAUACAGUAAAUCCCUCCAAAGACGAGACAAGGCUCCAUGUUGAGGGUCAAGCAGUGGUCUGUUUAAUGAGGGCUACCUGCCCAGUAUUUAUGCAGGUCUCCCACCCGGUGGACACUCCCCUAGGGGACCAGAUGGAAGACUGUGACAAGGACAUUGUAGCAACCAAUCACAGGAUACACACUUAGCCAUUCCCCUUUCUUACCCAGCACCCUCUGCUCUGCUCAGGGAGAUAAUUGUGAAGUAAUUCAAUUAUCUCCCAGGACAGAGCCUAAACGCCAUUUUAGAUGACAAUAACAAAAAGACAUAAAAAUACAGAACUGUUAUAUUUUACAACAUUUUACAGGCAUUCAACAUGUCCCCAGAUAGCUAGGAUCUGAGCGCACCAAAGUACCGAAUAGUGCUCAGAUCCUAUGCACACAGUCCAAUCGCCGUGGAGCCAAAGUGUUCACAGUCAGUUCUCAUACGAAUGAGCUCCAUGGGAUUCCUAUCUGGGGUAUGGUGUAGUCAGGUACAACUACCGAAUAUAGGGCCGUUCGUGUACGUCUACCGAACAAGAAGGGAGGUCAGCGGCUUCAGCGGUGUUCGCGCCAAAAUGUAUAAGUUUUCAGUUCCAUGAGUUGGGCAUCGAACACUGCUGUGCAUUCGCGUGUUUAAAAUGGCCGCGACCUCGUGUUCUGUAUACGAAUGGCGGCCACCCAGCAUUUGUCAAUUAAGCUGCAGCUUCUGGGAGAUUAAUUGCCGACACACUCCAGCUCCCAGGUGGUCCAGUCAUUCGUGUGUUAGUUCGGUAGGCACGAAUAAGCCUUUUCUGCAGGGGAAAAAGAAGGCUUUUAACAUGGGGCCAUAAUCCAAAGGCAACAGGCGAGCAACCAGGCUUCUCCAAUGCAACGUGGCGAGACUGGCAUAUUAUGCAAUUUAGAACAUCAAAAAAAGCCACUAAAUUUUACAAGAUAGGCAACAAAGAAAUAAACUUGACCCUGAAAUAAUGACUAUAACUGUAAAAAUAAAAAAAAUAAAAAUUUCAUCUGAAACAGAGUGUUACCCAAUAGCUGUGUAAACCAUCAGGACAAAAAAAAAAAAUAUAUUAGGAAAUAAAGUAGAUAUAAUGUAUACAGAUAAUAGGGAAUAUUAAAACAGCGAUAACACAAAUCACAAGCAAAUAUGUAAAUUAAAUAAACAACAAAGCAGUGAAUCAACAAAUCGUAAUAUUUUAAAGCAAAUUUAGAAAUCUGAUCCUAACCAAGGAAACAGCAUAGAUUAGCUAAUACAUGCAAUGCUGCUGGUUUAAAACACGUUUGAGAGAAACCAAAAGAGAAACCAUUGUAGGUUUCCUAGACAGUCACCGGUUUACACUGAUACAGCUUGAGGUAGACGUAAGCCAAUAUCCCAUGAUAAUAAUUAGCUCUAUAUCAGGGGACUUAAUACGUAAAAUGCCAUGUGCAUCCUUGUGUAUAAAUAAAGCUUUUAUAAUUAUGGACAUUUUUUUUCUUCACAGAGCCUCAGCAGUAUGGUCAUGUAUUGGUCAGUGAGACACUUCUACAUAUUAAGUGUGUUCAAGAGAAUGGUCUUCUUUUGACAGCCCCCCGUGAGAAUUCGUCAGACCUGUCCAAAGAGGACAUAGGAAUAGAGACCUCUAUGGCUGAACCUUCAAAAUGUGAGCGAACUGCAGAAGCUGAUAAAUCAAGAGACGAGGUACCUUUGGGCUGUGGGUCAGAGAAACCAUAUUUAAACAAUCUUUCCGAAAUACCAAGUAAGCAUAUUGAAAGUGCGGAAUGUUCAGUUCAACAAUGCACGACAGUAGCCGUUGAAAACACAUCAAUUACUUCUGUGUCUGUUCUUGAAUGUUUACCGGCUACCAGCAUUCUGUCUACUUGUGAAAAUAACACGAUUGACAUCUGUGGGCCUACAGACCAACUGACAGAGGUAAAAGAAGGCAGUAAUGCUGGAGUAUUUUCUGAAUACAUUGAAGGGAAUAAGGAAGUUGCUGAUGUGUCAGGUGAAAUCAGUCAACAAUGUACGGAAUUAUAUUCAGCCAAUGUUUCAAUACCAGAUGAUGGUACAUUAUGGCCACCACCUACUGAAGAUCAAAACUCCAACAAUAAUAAUGAAGAAGAAGCUAAUGUCACAGAAGUAAAAUUGUAUUUGGAUGGGACAGAACCUACAUUGACUUCUAAUUCUAAGUUUGAAAACAUCUUCAAGAAGAAGAAUGUUGAGGAACACAAGCAACUAGAGACAACAGAUAAUCCAAACACAAAGGAGAUUCCUAAUCUACCACAAACAAAGGUCCUUGAAGAGUGUCCAGAAAAUUAUAGUUCCUCUAUCAAUGACCAGCCUAACACUGAAAGGAGGACUCCACACCUGCACGCCAUAGAAAAUAUCUCAAGUUUACAUUCUGAAGAUCAGGGUGUUCACAUGUGCCAUAUGACUGCAGCUAAACCAAAAAGGCAAACAUGCUCACCUUCAGUGGUGGAUGUUAUGCAGAGAUUGCAACUGGACUCCUCAUUUUCUAUCCCAUCAAAAGAAACCAACUCAAAAAAACUGAAUCUGGCGGCACGCUCAUCCUCUUUCAAGAGCAAGACUGCAACUGCUGAGGAUUUCCAGGACAGCCUUCAGACACCAUUACAUCAUACCAAACAGAAACCUGAAUUUGGAGCUACACCAAAAAUCCUCAUACCUUUUGCUUUUCAAAGGAAAUUGUCUAGUGCCAUAGCAUUAUCUAAGUAUUUGCCAGAAACCCAUCAAGGCCAAUGUCUUACAAAGAAGGCACCAAUGACAAAGUCAAAGAGCUCAGAUGUAGAGCUGCAGACUCCACCAAGACACGAAGCACAGAUAAAGAUCACUGAUUCAUCACCAUAUGCACAGCUAGCUCCUUUUACUUUACCAGGAAAUGAGAACAAGCCCAGAGCUUUGAAAAGUAAACUUAUGCUGGACACAAAAGAGGAAGAAGACCAGAAACAAGGUGACACCAAAUCAACACAAACGCUUACCAGAUGUAAGGAUAUAAAUAGCCCAACUACUUUGUCUUCAACUUGCCAGCAAAGAUAUUUUGGGGAGAAGGAAAGCAAACUGCUGGAUAAUCCUGUCUCUUGGUCUCCUGGCAAUGCUGUUCUCAUUGCCUUUCCUUGUCCUUCAUCAAUGAAACCAGCCCCCACUUCCACAGCAUCUGAGCCAAAUUCACGAGUCCAGUCCCCACAGACAAUACGUAACCGAAUGUUUUCACCUCCUCCCCAUUAUAGCACAACAACGCCAAAGUCUCCUCGAAUUCCUUCCUUCUCAAGGUCUAGACCUUGCUCAUUUACUCCUCUCUGUUUUAGCCAUAUUGAAAGAUCAUCCUCAUCAUCAGCUAAUUCUACUCCAACAUGCACAAGCCCUCCUGCUCUACUCUCAUUUUCUAGUCCUCAGUCUGAGCCCUAUGGCUUUCCUCUUCAUACCCGGAGAUCCCGGGGGAACAGCAUCCACAGUGGAGAAGAUGAAACUGGUUGCCAAAGGAGUGCACUACAUUCACCGAGUUGGUCUGCAGAUGAAGAUAGCCAGUCAGGCUGCAUCAACCAGUCACCUUCAUUCCUGAUCCCUGAAGUACAUUCACACACAAGUGGUAUUAGUUCCCAUGAACUAACCAGCAUUCAGUGGCCGGAUGUACGCGAGCUACGCUCAAAGUAUGGACCUCUUAAAGCCCAGAAGAUAACCACUUAUCAAAAGAAAUCUGAUAUAAAACCAUUAAUCUUAAUGAGAUCCUCAAAAUCUCUUGGUGAUGAAUCAGACCAUUAUCUGAAAAGAAUGGGGUCUCUGGAUGCAACCACUUUACCCUCCCGCCAAGAAGAAUCUCUGAAAGAAAUGUCACAUUGUAACAAUGCUGAAAAGUUUGAAGCCCCUGAUACCAAAGACAAAGGCACCUUAAAGGCAAGUUAUUCCACCACCGUUAACAUUCAGAUUGGAGGAAGUGGCAGAAUAUCAUCUUUCAGCACAGCUCAGGUGAGCCUAACCCAUCCUUUACUUCAUGCCCCGGAGUCCCAGGCAUUAAGGAAAAUCAAUGUUAAAGGAAACACCUUGGAACCAAUGGCAAAGUCAUGAUUUGUGUCAGAUGAGAGGUGGAAAGCCCGGCUAACAAGGAAGAUACAGUAAAUGGUUUAUGAAGUCAGACUUUGUGAUACGAAAUAGACUAUCGUUACUGGAUAUAAAAAGGGAACAAUCCAAUAGGCCACAAUUUUAACAUUUUAAUGAGAAAAAGCAAUUUGCCAGUUUGCACUUUUCUCCUAUUUAGUUUCUUAUUAUUUUAACAAUAUUCAGAUGGGACCGAACCAUAAAAAAACUGCUCUUAUCCUCUUAGAGGCUCAAUGAAACUGCACUUUGAAAGUAUUUACAUUUGUCCUAACAAAUGCCAGUGUUAUUUGUAUUGAUCGUGCAAUGAAUGGACUCGCCACAUGUAACUGUCAUUCGUUGUGUGUUUAAAUUGUGUAUUGUAUGUAGGGAACAGCCACUCCAUGGGAAGAUAUGUAUUCUGCGGUCAGUUUACUUAUACAUGGUACUAGUACGUGAUUAUUUAGCUCCUUGUCAUCAGUUAGGGUCACUAAAAGCAGAGGUGACGAAAAAGAUUUAUUGGGCACAUUCUCUAAUCUUAAAGUCUAGGGAAAGUUAUCAUUACAUAAAGUUAUCAUUACAUAUGUGUACAUAUGUUGCACAAACAGAGCAAGCUCUGCUUCUGUGCAUUUGGAAGACAUCCGUUGGCAUGAUAUGGAAGAGGGGGUGCAGGACAUGGCAUGUAAGAGAGGGAUCCCCUUUAAAAGGUAUAGAAUGUAAGUGAGAAUUCGCUCCUUAUGGUAUAGAAAGUAACAACAGGAUCUAUUUCCAGUGGUAUGGAAGGUAAGGGGGAUAUGCAUCUGACGGUAUGAAAUGUAGGAGGGGAUAUGCAUCUGACGGUAUGAAAUGUCAGAGAGGGAUAUGCAUCUGACGGUAUGAAAUGUAGGAGGGGAUAUGCAUCUGACGGUAUGAAAUGUCAGAGAGGGAUAUGCAUCUGACGGUAUGAAAUGCAUUUCCCUCUCUUACAUCUGACGGUAUGAAAUGCAUUUCCCUCUCUUACAUCUGACGGUAUGAAAUGUAAGAGGGGGAUAUGCAUCUGACGGUAUGAAAUGUAAGAGGGGGAUAUGCAUCUGACGGUAUGGAAGGUAAUUGGGGGAUAUGCAUCUUAUUAUAUGGAAUAUAAGAGAGUGUAUGUGUUUAAAGGUAUGAAGAAGUAUAGAAAGGAGACCUGUUUCUAACAGUAUGCAGGGGAAGAAAGACAUCAGUACUGAUGAUACAGACUGGUAGUAUGGAGUUUGGGGAUCGGCACCUUAUGGUAUGUUUAUUUUCCUGGGGAUGUUUGAUAUAUCACUUGUACCAGAACACGUCUUAACGACAGGGAAAAGAAAGGUAUAUGUAGCAUCAGCAGAUUAAGUUUAAAUAGCCAAAGUUUCAUUUUAGGAACAUGGGAAUGAAGCUGACAAGAAGAAGCUUUUGAAAGAGAUGAGCAAUAUGUGGCAUUAAAUUAGAAUAGUGUAGCCUGGCCGAAAUAUAUCAUUUUAAUGACGUGCCUGUAUGAUCACACUUCGACCAUGGUACUUUGUAACUUGGUAUGAAAUAUUAACACGUACGUAAUCAAACUCUCUGUGUGCACAGCAGGAACUCUGCACCCAAAAACCCAUGGUACAUCGUAGCUUGGUAUCUUAAAUAUAAAGAAAUCAUUGAGUGCACAUUACAGACAUAGCGAAAAGUCGCCGAGGUACAUUGUAACGCAAGGUCACAGAGUUUCAUGAAUGUUAAGAUACCCAUCAGUAUGCACACAUACAUUCGUGGGGCAGUCAAAGUCAUGUUUUAUCUGGUUACUGUAUUGUUAUAUCUAAAACAUUGCUUCUAAACUCCUGGGUGAGAAUCCAAAGUUCGAUCCCCAAUGGUCACAACCCAUGCAACUGCCCACAACGCAUUUUUGCUGUAACAGCGGUGCCCAGAUUAAAGAGCUCUCGGACACAGAAGAGUCCAAUACAGGUUUUUUUUUUAGCGGAAUGGUUUUCAAAUAUAUUACAUUACAGUUGAAGAAUGGGUUGGUGAUUUAUUUUUCCAAUGAAAGAAUGGGUUGCAAACCUACUGCAGUAAUCUGGAUCUCUAUAAAACAAAAAUGUUAUGAACCAGCAACCUUGCGCAUGGUCAUAUGGAAGAUUGUGGUCUCAGACUAUAAGUAAUGUGAUAAUCCAAUGUUUUAUACCCAAGGCACUCUAUUUUAUUUAUACUAGACUGUGUAAGAUAAAGGUGGGAGGAAAGUCCUCAGUGUAAAUAUGCGAUAGACAAUGGCAGUUAUUAUUAAUCAUGUUUACCUGUACAUGUAAUUUGUGUAAACCUUUUAUGUAUUUUUUUCUUAUUUUGUCAAUAAAUUCCCAUUUUGAGAGGCUAUUACACAAUUUAAUUUUGAGGAAAAGGAGAUCUCUAAAAUGAUAUUAUUAAAAUGUUCAAUUACAAAAAAAAACAAAAAAACAAUCCAUUUUACUGCACUGUUGGGGUUGAUGUAAUUAACAUGGGGAGACUUAGGGAUAUGAUGUAAAUUAUAAAUAGUAUUACCUAUGGUAAGGCUAUCUCAUAAGCGUCAGUUCACAAACACAGAACACGUUACAUAAAAACAGUACAUAGAAAAGUAGGAAAAUGUAAAUGAAAGCGGUAAGAAGAGAGAAAGUUGGCGUUGGCCACAAUGAAUAAUCAUAUUUUAAAGCAUCUCUGACUGCAGCUUAAACUCAGGCUCCUUGAAUGCUCGAAGUCCAGGCUAUCACAUUUUUAAGGACAUCAGACGUAAUAGAACAAGAACAGGAUGUCUCACGCCUGUAAAGGUCAUUAUUGCUGGAGUCUGCGAAUGAAAGCAGUUUACAAGGACAGCAGUACAGAGGCUUGAAAUGUGUAAAGGUGUUUACUAAAUACAAUACCAGGUGAAGAGGAACCAGCGGUAUCAAGAGAGCCAUCAUAGAGUAAUCAGACAAUGUACCAGGUGAGGGACCAUGAGAAGUAGCAGCAAAGUACCAGGGGAAUGACCAUCCAAAGAUGUGUUCAUGCAAUCUAAACCAGCGGUGCCCAAAAGGUAGAUCCCCAGAUAAUUGAAAACUACAGCUUCCAUGAUGCUUUGCUGUUCUAAAGGCAUGCAAAGCAUCAUGGGAGUUGUAGUUCUACGACACCUAGGAAUCUAACUUUUUGGCACCCCUUAUCUAAACCCUCAAGGCAGGCAUCUCUGUCAUAAUAAUUAUUAUUGCCAUUUAUAUAGCGCCAACAGAUUCCGUAGCGCUUUACAAUGUUAUGAGAGGGGAUUUAACUAUAAAUAAGACAAUUACAAAUAAACUUACGGGAACAAUAGGUUGAAGAGGACCCUGCUCAAUCGAGCUUUCAUUCUAUAGGAUCAGGAAAGAACGUCAGGUAACCUGAAGUCAGCAGACAAGUGACUGGGAAAACAAGAGAACGAGAGAAGGUGGAAAAGUUGGAUAGCAGGUAGAAAAGUUCUGGAGCAAAGGAGCAAUGAUUCGAGAGUCUCUGGUUUUUAAAAAAACCAUGUCAGGUGCAUGUCUUAUCAAUCAUAGUGAAAAAUGUCACAGUGUACAUACAUUCUAAAACUCCUAUAACUAAAACCAUGGAAAAAAUACACACACAAAAAAAUAGAACUGAGAGAGGACAGACACCUUGUCCAUAGAUAGCACUCUGAUAUAUCAUGGAGGAUAUGCAUUGUACAUGGCAACAAGGAACCCAAGCCAAGAGCCGGAAUAGCUGGAAUAUCUUGUUGAAACACUUGUGGCACCAUUAACGUGUGACAUUCAGGCUGGGAGGGUUAUUGGAACACUGUGUGGUGUGUAAGUUCAGAUUGUUGCAGGUGGAGUGUGGCUUGAGGAACUAUACACUAUCAAUUCAGAACAGAAUGCAGGACAGGUGAAGUUGUAGAAUAUAUAGGACACAUCCAGAACAUAAACAAUAAUCAGCGACAACAUUCAAACCACUAACAGGUGACGUGAAUAACAUGGAUUAUAUUGUACCUUGAUGUCCUCAUUUCUGGUUUCCCUGACUCAGCUUGUCCCUGACCAUUCUUUAUCUAUCAAACGUAAAGCCCAGCCACUCUAAGGACUCUCAGGACCGGUAUACUUUAAAUGUUUAUUAUCAUUUAUACUCUGUGUGUUGGGUCACUUAGACAUCUUUACGUGUUGAUUCUCUUUAUGUAUUUAAAUGUUUCUAUCAUAUCCCCCCUGUCUCGUCUUUCCUCCAAGCUAUACAUGUUAAGAUCCUUUAACCUUUCCUGGUAAGUUUUAUCCUGCAAUCCAUGAACCAGUUUAGUAGCCCUUCUCUGAACCCUCUCUAAGGUAUCAAUAUCCUUCUGAAGAUACGGUCUCCAGUACUGUGUACAAUACUCCAAGUGAGGUCUCACCAGUGUUCUCUGUACAAUGGCAUGAGCACUUCCUUCUUUCUACUGCUAAUACUUCUCCCUAUACAACCAAGCAUUAUGCUAGCAUUUCCUGCUGCUCUAUUACAUUGUCUGCCUACCUUUAAGUCAUCAGAAAUAAUCACCCUAAAUGCCUUUCCUCAGAUGUUGAGGUUAGGACUAUCAAAUAUUCUGUACUCUGCCCUUUUUACGUCCAAGAUGCAUUAUCUAGGGAUCAACCGAUAUUGAUUUUUUCAGAGCAGAUACCGAUAAUCUGUGAACUUUCAGGCUGAUAGCCGAUAACUUUUCGAUAUUCUGUACAUUUACCAUUUUGAAAAAAUAAACUAUUUCUAAAGCUAAAUGUACAAAAUAUACAUGCCACGUGUAGUGGAUGCAGUGUGUUUAGACAGGGGAGCUGUGUGUGUUUGUGUAGUGUGUAUAUAAUGAAUGCAGAGUGUGUGUUUGUGUAGUGUGUGUAUAGUGAAUGUAGGGUGUGGUGUGUAACGUGAACGCAGUCUGUGGUAUGUAAAGUGAAUGCAGUGUGUAGUGUAUGUUGCUGAAUGGAUGUAAUUUGUGUAAAAUGGGGGGAGGGACCAUUUUUUAUUUUAAUUUUUAAUAUUUAUGUUUGUUUGUUUUUUUCCCCCUCCCUGCUUGUUGCCUGGCCAGGGAGGGGGGCUAUAGCAAUCCCUGGUGGUCCAGUGGUAUGGGCUGAGCAGUGGAGGGGCCGCAGCAAGCUGUUACUUACCUUCCCUGCAGCUCCUCCAGCUCACUGUGUAAAUCUCGUUGCCUGAAUGCCGCAUGGAGCAUUGCCAUGGUAACACGUGGCGACGCUCUGGCGGUCACGGGUCUCGCGAGAUUUACACAGGGGAGCUGGAGGAGCUGCAGGAAAGGUAAGUAACAGCUUGCUGCUGGCCCCCCCAGGACCGCCGGGCUUGUAAUGGGCACGGCGGUCCUGGGAGGUAUUAUCGGCAAUAUCGGUAUCUAUAUUGGCCGAUACCGAUAUUGCCAAAAAUACCGAAUAUCGGCCGAUAAUAUCGGUAAAACCGAUAAUCGGUCGAUCCCUAGCAUUAUCUUGCACUUAUCCACAUUAAAUGUCAGUUGCCACAACUCUGACCAUUUUUCUAGUUUACCUAAAUCAUUUGUCAUUUGGCUUAUCCCUCCUGGAACAUCAACCCUGUUACAUAUCUUAGUAUCAUCAGCAAAAAGACAUACCUUACCAUCAAGACCUUCUGCAAUAUCACUAAUAAAAAUAUUAAAGAGAAUGGGUCCAAGUACAGAUCCCUGAGGUACCCCACUGGUGACAAGUCCAAGCUUCGAAUAUAUUCCAUUAACUACAAGCCUCUGUUGCCUGUCACUCAGCCACUGCCUUACCCAUUCAACAAUAUUGGAAUCCAAACUUAAAGACUGCAGUUUAUUGAUAAGCCUUCUAUGUGCAACAGUGUCAAAAGCCUUACUGAAAUCUAGGUAAGCAAUGUCUACUGCACCACCCUGAUCUAUAAUUUUAGUUACCCAAUCAAAAAAAUCAAUAAGAUUAGUUUGGCAUGAUCUCCCUGAAGUAAACCCAUGUUGUCUCUGAUCUUGAAAUCCAUGUGUUUUUAGAUGUUCAUCAAUCCUAUCCUUUAACAUGGUUUCCAUCACUUUCCCCACUACUGAAGUAAGGCUUACUGGCCUAUAGUUGCCCGACUCCUCCCUAUUACCUUUCUUGUAAAUGGGCACAACAUUCGCUAACUUCCAAUCUUCUGGGACUACUCCUGUUAACAAUGAUUGGUUAAAUAAAUCUGUUAAUGGUUUUACUAGUACACCACUAAAUUAUUUUAAUAACUUUAGGUUCAGGCCAUCAGACCCCAAAUACCUAUUUGUAUUUACUUUAGACAGCUGAUAUAAAACCUUUUGCUCUGUAAACUCACGUGUAAUAAAUGACUCAUUUGUUUUCUUUCCUAACUGAGGUCCCUUUCCUUCAUUUUGAUCUGUAAAUACUUAACAAAAAUAUUCAUUGAGGCAGUCAGCUAGACCUUUAUCCUCUUCUACAUACAUUCCUUCUAUUGCUUUUAUUCUACUAAACACUUGUUUUACUUUCCUUUUCUCAUUUUUAUAUCUAAAAUAUGUUUUCUUUUGUGGCUUCCCUGGUUUCCAGUGGGACUCUGUAGCAGCAGGAGACAUUAUGUUAGUGGGGAUUGCUGCGGCCGAUGGGAGUGGGCUGCCGCUGGACUAGACUGCCCCCUCCUGUCUCUCCAGCUCCAUGCAGCUCUCUGUGUACCAGGAGGAGGAAGAGAACUGUAAUUACAUCCUCCUGACACUGAAUCCACACAGAUAUUGGGCACGGGCCAUGCCGGAUUGCCAUUUCCCUGCAUGGCCUCAGCGUCUGGAGGAAGUAAAUACAGUUCCCUUCAAUUCCUUCCGGUACACCGACGCACAGUGAUCUACACAGGGAUAGAGAAACAAGAAGAGGGGGAACGGGCUGACAAAUCCCAUGCACCUGGACAAAAUUUGUUGUCGCCAUGGCAACCUGGGAUUUGCCAAGUCCUAAGAUAACACAUAAUAAUAUUAAUAGAUUUAUACGAUUACUUUAUACUAAUAAUAUAUACCAGAUACAACCAUUAAAGAAACACUCCAGACACCAUACCCACUGUAGCUUUUACUAAAAGCAAAUAGCGACUUUAUUAUUAACAGUCAUUAUUAAAGUAAAAACAUUGUGUCUGGGAUAAUGGGUAAGAGCUUCGGACCUCCGUGGGUGCUGUGUGUCCAUUGGGGAGCCCUGCAUUGGGUGCUGAGGUGCAUAGUACACGGAGUGUUGUGUGUUUAAAUAAAUACCUUGUAUUGGGUGCUCUGUGUGCCCAUCAGGAUGCCAGUAAUGAAGUCUGCUCUGCCAAGGAAUACCGUUCAUUGAGUGCUGUCCUGCACCAAGUAAUGUCUGUGCCAAUGAGGGUGCCCUGCAAUGGGUGCCCCUGCAAUGUCUGUGCACAGGAAUACCUUGCACUGGGUGAUGUCUGUGCCCAUCAGGGUGCCCUGCACUAGGUGCUGUCUGUACCAGUGAGGAUGCUCUGCAAUGUGGUGAGGGUACUCUACAAUGGGUGCUGUCUGGGACAGUGAGGGUGCUAACUACACCGAUGAGGGUGCUCUGCAAUGGGUGCACGCCAUAACAGCAAUGUAAAAAAAUAAUAAUUGUAUAAUACAUGUGAACGAAACGGUAACUAAUACUUUUACCCAGUGGAAGUAGUGGCACCCACCAUUGUAAGCACUUUAACCAUUUUAGAUCAGUUUGACAUCUUACCUGCCUUCCAGCUCACACUGCUGUAUGGGAAGACCCAUUUCUACGUAGAUAACUACGGCUCGUCGUCUCUUCCUUUAAUACAUUUAUACCUAAAUAAUACAAACACGUUACUACGUAUAAAACAUUUAUUAAAUUAUAUAAAUUAAACGGUCAGAUAUAUUUUCUUAUCAGAUUAACGGACUCUAUAAAUGAAGGAUGACCUGAUAAAAUAAUUAUAUAAAGAUACAGAUUAUAUCCUUUACUAUAUGAUAAUAGCAUUUCUAUCAAUAAAAAUGUCCUAGUGAUAUAACUGUGUCACAUUAUACCAGAACAUGAAUAAUUCUAUAAUUUAAUAAUAAUAAAUAUAAUAAUGAAUGGGAUUAGAACACACAUUAGAUACAGUAGCACAUUAAGCAGACACACACUGGGACACGUGACUCCCCGCUGCUAACUCAGUGUUCCAUCACAUUCCCCUACCAGUCAGAAUGUCCUACCCACGUGACUUCCGGUGAGGCAUGGCACAGGAAGUGUUAAAACGUUCAACCAUGUUGUUGGAGGUGCCAACCGGAAGCGGAACCAGCUGGAGAACAGCUAGCACACCGGAACCGGAAAUCCGUCACCUUAUGUCAUCUAGUGCAACCGGAAGUAGAAACUACUCGUGAAGAGUCUGGAUUAAGAAAUAAAAACUGCGAAACCCGGUAAUAAAAAUUAUUAUAUAUUAUAUAUAGAGAGAGACUGCGAUAUCAGGUAAUAAAUAUCAUUAUAUAUUAUAUAUAUAGAGAGAGAUACUGCUAUAUCAGGUAAUAAAUAUCAUUAUAUAUUAUAUAUAGAGAGAGAUACUGCUAUAUCAGGUAAUAAAUAUCAUUAUAUAUUAUAUAUAGAGAGAGAGACUGCGAUAUCAGGUAAUAAAUAUCAUUAUAUAUUAUAUAUAGAGAGAGAUACUGCGAUAUCAGGUAAUAAAUAUCAUUAUAUAUUAUAUAUAGAGAGAGAUACUGCGAUAUCGGGUAAUAACUAUCAUUAUAUAUUAUAUAUAGAGAGAGAGACUGUGAUAUCAGGUAAUAAAUAUCAUUAUAUUAUAUAUAGAGAGAGAUACUGCGAUAUCAGGUAAUAAAUAUCAUUAUAUAUUAUAUAUAGAGAGAGAUACUGCGAUAUCAGGUAAUAAAUAUCAUUAUAUAUUAUAUAUAGAGAGAGACUGCGAUAUCCCGUAAUAAAUAUCAUUAUAUAUUAUAUAUAGAGAGAGAGACUGUGAUAUCAGGUAAUAAAUAUCAUUAUAUUAUAUAUAGAGAGAGAGAGAGACUGUGAUAUCAGGUAAAAAAUAUCAUUAUAUAUUAUAUAGAGAGAGAGAGAGAUACUGCGAUAUCAGGUAAUAACUAUCAUUAUAUAUUAUAUAUAGAGAGAGAGACUGCGAUAUCAGGUAAUAAAUAUCAUUAUAUUAUAUAUAGAGAGAGAUACUGCGAUAUCAGGUAAUAACUAUCAUUAUAUAUUAUAUAUAGAGAGAGAUACUGCGAUAUCAGGUAAUAACUAUCAUUAUAUAUUAUAUAUAGAGAGAGAGACUGUGAUAUCAGGUAAUAAAUAUCAUUAUAUUAUAUAUAGAGAGAGAUACUGCGAUAUCAGGUAAUAAAUAUCAUUAUAUUAUAUAUAGAGAGAGAUACUGCGAUAUCAGGUAAUAAAUAUCAUUAUAUAUAGAGAGAGAGACUGUGAUAUCAGGUAAUAAAUAUCAUUAUAUAUAGAGAGAGAGACUGUGAUAUCAGGUAAUAAAUAUCAUUAUAUAUUAUAUAUAUAGAGAGAGAGAUACUGCGAUAUCAGGUAAUAAAUAUCAUUAUAUAUUAUAUAUAGAGAGAGAGAUACUGCGAUAUCAGGUAAUAAAUAUCAUUAUAUAUUAUAUAUAGAGAGAGACUGCGAUAUCAGGUAAUAAAUAUCAUUAUAUAUUAUAUAUAGAGAGAGACUGCGAUAUCAGGUAAUAAAUAUCAUUAUAUAUUAUAUAUAGAGAGAUACUGCGAUAACAGGUAAUAAAUAUCAUUAUAUAUUAUAUAUAGAGAGAGAGAUACUGCGAUAUCAGGUAAUAAAUAUCAUUAUAUAUUAUAUAUAGAGAGAGACUGCGAUAUCAGGUAAUAAAUAUCAUUAUAUAUUAUAUAUAGAGAGAGAGACUGCGAUAUCAGGUAAUAAAUAUCAUUAUAUAUUAUAUAUAGAGAGAGAGACUGUGAUAUCAGGUAAUAAAUAUCAUUAUAUAUUAUAUAUAGAGAGAGAGAUACUGUGAUAUCAGGUAAUAAAUAUCAUUAUAUAUUAUAUAUAGAGAGAGAGAUACUGCGAUAUCAGGUAAUAAAUAUCAUUAUAUAUUAUAUAUAUAGAAAGACUGCGAUAUCAGGUAAUAAAUAUCAUUAUAUAUUAUAUAUAGAGAGAGAGACUGCGAUAUCAGGUAAUAAAUAUCAUUAUAUAUUAUAUAUAGAGAGAGAGACUGUGAUAUCAGGUAAUAAAUAUCAUUAUAUAUAGAGAGAGAGAUACUGUGAUAUCAGGUAAUAAAUAUCAUUAUAUAUUAUAUAUAGAGAGAGAGAUACUGCGAUAUCAGGUAAUAAAUAUCAUUAUAUAUUAUAUAUAUAGAAAGACUGCGAUAUCAGGUAAUAAAUAUCAUUAUAUAUUAUAUAUAGAGAGAGAGACUGUGAUAUCAGGUAAUAAAUAUCAUUAUAUAUUAUAUAUAGAGAGAGAGACUGCGAUAUCAGGUAAUAAAUAUCAUUAUAUAUUAUAUAUAGAGAGAGAGAUACUGCGAUAUCAGGUAAUAAAUAUCAUUAUAUAUUAUAUAUAGAGAGAGAGACUGUGAUAUCAGGUAAUAAAUAUCAUUAUAUAUUAUAUAUAGAGAGAGAGACUGCGAUAUCAGGUAAUAAAUAUCAUUAUAUAUAUAUAGAGAGAGAUACUGUGAUAUCAGGUAAUAAAUAUCAUUAUAUAUUAUAUAUAGAGAGAGAUACUGCGAUAUCAGGUAAUAAAUAUCAUUAUAUAUAUAGAGAGAGAUACUGUGAUAUCAGGUAAUAAAUAUCAUUAUAUAUUAUAUAUAGAGAGAGAUACUGCGAUAUCAGGUAAUAAAUAUCAUUAUAUAUUAUAUAUAGAGAGAGAGAUACUGCGAUAUCAGGUAAUAAAUAUCAUUAUAUAUUAUAUAUAGAGAGAGAUACUGCGAUAUCAGGUAAUAAAUAUCAUUAUAUAUUAUAUAUAGAGAGAGAUACUGCGAUAUCAGGUAAUAAAUAUCAUUAUAUAUUAUAUAUAGAGAGAGAGACUGCGAUAUCAGGUAAUAAAUAUCAUUAUAUAUUAUAUAUAGAGAGAGAUACUGCGAUAUCAGGUAAUAAAUAUCAUUAUAUAUUAUAUAUAGAGAGAUACUGCGAUAUCAGGUAAUAAAUAUCAUUAUAUAUUAUAUAUAGAGAGAGAGACUGCGAUAUCAGGUAAUAAAUAUCAUUAUAUAUUAUAUAUAGAGAGAGAUACUGUGAUAUCAGGUAAUAAAUAUCAUUAUAUAUUAUAUAUAGAGAGAGAUACUGUGAUAUCAGGUAAUAAAUAUCAUUAUAUAUUAUAUAUUUAAAGGGCCGGCAGCUGCCGGCCCUGCCUAGGUCUUAUUUUCGGGGUAGGGCUUAUAUUGCAGCCCACCCCGAUAAUCCAGCUAGGGCUUAUUUUCGGGGUAGGGUGUAUUUUCGGGAAAACAGGGUAAUAAAUAUCAUUAUAUAGAGAGAGAGACUGCGAUAUCAGGUAAUAAAUAUCAUUAUAUAUUAUAUAUAGAGAGAGAGACUGUGAUAUCAGGUAAUAAAUAUCAUUAUAUAUUAUAUAUAGAGAGAGACUGCGAUAUCAGGUAAUAAAUAUCAUAUAUUAUAUAGAGAGAGAUACUGUGAUAUCAGGUAAUAAAUAUCAUAUAUUAUAUAGAGAGAGAUACUGUGAUAUCAGGUAAUAAAUAUCAUUAUAUAUUAUAUAUAGAGAGAUAUACUGUGAUAUCAGGUAAUAAAUAUCAUUAUAUAUUAUAUAUAGAGAGAGAUACUGUGAUAUCAGGUAAUAAAUAUCAUUAUAUAUUAUAUAUAGAGAGAGACUGCGAUAUCAGGUAAUAAAUAUCAUAUAUUAUAUAGAGAGAGAUACUGUGAUAUCAGGUAAUAAAUAUCAUUAUAUAUUAUAUAUAGAUAGAGAGAGAGACUGUGAUAUCCGGUAAUAAAUAUCAUUAUAUAUUAUAUAUAUAGAGAGAGAGAGACUGUGAUAUCAGGUAAUAAAUAUCAUUAUAUAUAGAGCGAGAUACUGUGAUAUCCGGUAAUAAAUAUCAUUAUAUAUUAUAUAUAUAGAGAGAGAGAGACUGCGAUAUCAGGUAAUAAAUAUCAUUAUAUAUUAUAUAUAGAGAGAGAGACUGUGAUAUCAGGUAAUAAAUAUCAUUAUAUAUUAUAUAGAGAGAGAUACUGCGAUAUCGGGUAAUAAAUAUCAUUAUAUAUUAUAUAUAGAGAGAGAUACUGCAAUAUAAGGUAAUAAAUAUCGUUAUGUAUUAUAUAUAUAGAGAGAUACUGCGAUAUCAGGUAAUAAAUAUCAUUAUGUAUUAUAUAUAGAGAGAGAUACUGCGAUAUCAGGUAAUAAAUAUCAUUAUAUAUUAUAGAGAGAGAGAUACUGCGAUAUCAGGUAAUAAAUAUCAUUAUGUAUUAUAUAUAGAGAGAGAUACUGCGAUAUCAGGUAAUAAAUAUCAUUAUAUAUUAUAUAUAGAGAGAUACUGCGAUAACAGGUAAUAAAUAUCAUUAUAUAUUAUAUAUAGAGAGAGAGAGAUACUGCGAUAUCAGGUAAUAAAUAUCGUUAUGUAUUAUAUAUAGAGAGAGACUGUGAUAUCAGGUAAUAAAUAUUAUUAUAUAUUAUAUAGAGAGAGAGAUACUGUGAUAUCAGCUAAAAAAUAUCAUAUAUUAUAUAGAGAUACUGUGAUAUCAGGUAAUAAAUAUCAUUAUAUAUUAUAUAUAGAGAGAGAUACUGCGAUAUCAGGUAAUAAAUAUCGUUAUGUAUUAUAUAUAGAGAGAGACUGUGAUAUCAGGUAAUAAAUAUUAUUAUAUAUUAUAUAGAGAGAGAGAUACUGUGAUAUCAGGUAAAAAAUAUCAUUAUAUAUUAGGGAUCGACCGAUAUUGAUUUUUCAGAGCCGACCGAUAUUGAUUUUUUAGAGCCGAUACCGAUACGAUAAUCUGCAAACUUUCAGGCCGAUAGCCGAUAUCUUGCCGAUAUUCUGUACAUUUACUAUUUUGAAUAAAUAAACUAAUUCGAAAGGUAAAUGCACAAAAUAUACAUGCCACAUGUAGUGGAUGAAGUGUGUUUAGACAGGGGAACUGUGUGUGUUUGUGUAGUGUGUGUGUAUAUAAUGCAGUGUGUGUAGUGUGUAUAUAAUGCAGUGUGUUUAUGUAGUGUGUGUAUAUAAUGCAGUGUGUUUAUGUAGUGUGUGUAUAUAAUGCAGUGUGUUUAUGUAGUGUGUGUGUAUAAUGCAGUGUGUUUUUGUGUGUGUAUGUAAUGCAGUGUGUGUGUGUUUGUGUAGUGUGUGUUUGUGUAGUGUGUAUGUAAUGCAGUGUGUGUGUCUGUGUAGUGUGUAUGUAAUGCAGUAUGUGUACUGUUUGUGUAGUGUGUAUGUAAUGCAGUGUGUGUGCAGUGUAGUGUGUCUGUAAUGCAGUAUGUGUGCAGUGUAGUGUUUGUGUAGUGUGUAUGUAAUGCAGUGUGUGUGCCUGUGUAGUGUGUGUGUAUGUAAUGCAGUAUGUGUACUGUGUUUGUGUAGUGUGUAUGUAAUGCAGUGUGUGUCUGUAAUGCAGUAUGUGUGCAGUGUCUGUCUGUGUAGUGUGUGUAUGUAAUGCAGUGUGUGUGCCUGUGUAGUGUGUAUGUAAUGCAGUAUGUGUGCAGUGUGUGUUUGUGUAGUGUGUGUUUGUGUAGUGAUGUAAUUUGUGUAAUUUUUUAUUUUAAUAUUUUUUUUUAAUAUUUAAAUGUUUUUUUUUUGUUUAGUCCCCCCCCAGUGUGUUUGUGUAGUGUGUAUGUUAUGCAGUAUGUGUGCAGUGUGUGUGUGUGUAGUGAUGUAAUUUGUGUAAUUUUUUAUUUUAAUUUUUUUUUUAAUAUUGAAAUGUUUUUUUUAUUUUUUGUUUAGUCCCCCCUCCCUGCUUCUUACCAGGGAGGGGGAUAUAGUAUUCCCUGGUGGUCCAGUGGCUUGUUAAGUACAGUGGUGGCUCAGCAGCAGCAAGCGCUGACUUACCUUGCAUGCAGCUCCUACAGCUCCCUGUGUAAAUCUCGCGGCUCUUAGUGCCGCGCGGAGCGUUGCCAUGGUAACCCGUGGCAACGCUCUGCGGCCGCGGGUCUCGCGAGAUUUACACAGGGAGCUGUAGGAGCUGCAUGCAAGGUAAGUCAGCGCUUGCUGCUGGCCCCCACAGGACCGCCGGGCUUGUAAUGGGCCCGGCGGUCCUGUUAUAUAUUAUCGGCAAUAUCGGUAUCUGAAUUGGCCGAUACCGAUAUUGCCGAAAAUACCAAAUAUCGGCCGAUAAUAUCGGCCAGACCGAUAAUCGGUCGAUCCCUAUUAUAUAUUAUAUUUAGAGAGAGAGACUGCGAUAUCAGGUUAUAAAUAUCAUUAUAUAUUAUAGAGAGAGACUGCGAUAUCAGGUAAUAAAUAUCAUUUUAUAAUAUAUAUAUAUAUAUUAUAUAUAGAGAGAGAGAUACUUGGAUAUCAUGCAAUAAAUAUUAUAUAUAUAUAGAGAGAGAGACUGCGAUAUCAUGUAAUAAAUAUCAUUAUAUAUUAUAUAGAAAGACUGCGAUAUCAGGUAAUAAAUAUCAUUAUAUAUUAUAUAUAUAGAGAGAGAGAGACUGUGAUAUCAGGUAAUAAAUAUCAUUAUAUAUUAUAUACAGGUGAUACUCGAAAAAUUAUAAUAUCGUGCAAAAGUUCCUUUAUUUCAGUAAUGCAACGUAAAUGGGGAAACUAAUAUAUGAAAUAGACGCAUUACAUGCAAAGCGAGAUAGUUCAAGCCGUGAUUUGUCAUAAGUGCGAUGAUUAUGGCUUACAGCUCAUGAAAACCCCAAAUCCACAAUCUCAGUAGUUUAGAAUAUUACAUGCAAUCAAUAAAACAACGAGUGUACAUAGAACAAUAUCGGACCUCUGAAAAUUAUAAGCAUGCAUAUGGACUCAGUACUUGGUUUGGGCCCAAUUACAGCCUAAAUGCUUUGUGGCAUGGGAGCGAUUAGACCGUGGCACUGCUAAGGUGUUAUGGAAGACCAGGAUGCUUCAGUAGCGGCCUUCAGCUCUUCUUCAUUGUUUGGUCUCAUGUCUCUCAUCUUUCUCUUGGCAAUGCCCCAUAGAUUCUCAGUGGAGUUCAGGUCAGGCGAGUUUGCUGGCCAAUCAAGCACAGUAAUCCCACGGUCAUUGAACCAGGCUUUGAUACUUUUGGCAGUGUGGGCAGGUGCCAAGUCCUGCUGGAAAAUGAAGUCAGCAUCCCCAUAAAGCUCGUCUGCGGAAGGAUGCACGAAGUGCUACAAAAUCUCCUGGUAGACAGCUGCAUUGUGAAGCACCGUGGACCAACAUCAGAAGAUGACAUGGCUCCCCAAAUCAACACAGACUUUGGAUACUUUACACUGGACUUCAAGCAUCUUGCAGUGUGUGCCUCUCCAUUCUUCCUCCAGACUCUGGGUCCUUGGUUUCCAAAUGAGAUGCAAAAGUUGCUUUCAUUAGAAAAGAGGACUUUGGACCACUGAGCAACAGACCAGGUCUGUUUUUCUUUAGCCCAGGUAAGACGCUUCUGACGUUGUUUGUUGUUUAGGAGCGGCUUGACAAGAGUAAUACGACAUCUGAAGCCCAUGUCCAGGAUCCAUCUGUGUGUGGUGGCUCUUGAUGCACUGUCUCCAGCCUCAGUCCACUCCUUGUGAAAGUGCCCAACACAUUUGAAUGGCCUUUUCCUGACAAUCCUCUCCAGGCUGCGGUCAUCCCUGCUGCUUGUGCACCCUUUUCUUCCACACUUUUCCCUUCCACAUAACGUUCUAUUAAUGUGCUUUGAUACAGCACUUUGGGAACAUCCAACUUCCUUCGCAAUUACCUUUUGAGGCUUUCCCUCCUUAUGGAGGGUGUCAAUGAUGGUUUUCUGCGCAACUGUCAGGUCAGCAGUCUUCCCCAUGAUUGUGAUUCCUACUGAACCAGACCGAGAGACCAUUUAAAGGCUCAGAAACCCUUUGCAGGUGUUAUGGCUUACUUAGCUAAUUAGAGUGGGAUACUGUGAGCCUAGAAUAUUGCACCUUUUCACAAUAUUCUAAUUUACUGAGAUUGUGGAUUUGGGAUUUUCAUGAACUGUAAACCAUAAUCAUCGCACUUAUGAUAAAUCACGGCUUGAACUAUCUUGCUUUGCUUGUAAUGCGUCUAUCUCAUAUAUUAGUUUCCCCUUUUACGUUGCAUUAGUGAAAUAAAUGGACUUUUGCACAAUAUUCAAAUUUUUCGAGGAUCACCUGUAGAGAGAGAGAGACUGCUAUAUCAGGUAAUAAAUAUCAUUAUAUAUUAUAUGGAGAGAGAUACUGUGAUAUCAGGUAAUAAAUAUCAUUAUAUAUUAUGUAGAGAGAGACAGACUGCGAUAUCAGGUGAUAAAUAUUAUUAUAUAUUAUCAUAUAGAGAUACUUCAACGUCAGUUAAUAAAUAUUAUAUAGAUUGUGAUUUUGGGAUAUGUAUCAUUAUAUAAGAUCGUUGAGAGAGAUCUGGUUAUAAAAAUAAUUAUAUAUUAAUAUAAAGAGAAAUACUGCUAACUUGAGAGAGAGGUGUGUGUGUGUGUGUCUGUCUGUCUCUAGAUAUAUAGAGAGACAUAUAGAUAUGUAACAAGACUCAUGUAAAAGUAAUUGAAGACAACAUGACAGGAAUGUUCCCUAGGAGAAAGUGAGAGAUAUAGAGUACCUUUCAUGGCGAUUACCUUGUUUAUUGUUCCUUUCAGAGCUCAUUGGUGCAAGAAACAGGUGACCAUGUCAGACAGCGAGGAUAGCAAUUUCUCCGAGGAGGAUAGUGAGAGGAGCAGCGAAGCUGAGGAAGUAGAGGUAAGAGAGGCCAUACAUCUCUUCUAUAGGAAAUCUCUAUAAUGUUCCACUUCAGGACAUGAAUAGAUCUUCCUCUCUCAUUUGACUGCAGCAGGAAGCGGAGGAAGAGAGAGCUAGUGCUGCUGGCAGUGAGAAAGGAGAUGAAGAAGAGGUUGAAGAGGAGGAUGAGGAUGAAUAUGAUGAAGAGGAGGAGGAGGAGGAUGAUGAUCGGCCUCGAAAGAAACCGCGACAUGGAGGAUUUAUCCUUGAUGAAGCCGGUAAGAAACCGUAGCAUUAAAUCACAAAGUACUCCUGUUACAAAGAGCACUGGUGAUUAACAAAUUGCUAGAAGUGGGCCUAAUGCAUUGCAAAGCCAUGCACCAUGCAUGCCUCCAGCACUCGAGUUUAUUGGUGACAUGCAAAAAUAAAUCUCUCAUAACAUAAAUAUGCUCUUAAACACAAUUGUGCACUCUUGCUCACCUGCAGACCAAGAUCUCGUCUGACCACCAGGUUGGGUAAUUUCAAAGUAACAUUUCCGAUUUCUGUGACACCCUGAAUUGAUCAGGUGGGGCUCAUUAGACAGGUGACAUAACACUGUUGGGUCAAAACGUUUUUAAAAACGAGGCUCUUAACCCCUUAAGGAAAGAGCUUCAAAAGCUUGUCUUCCACUUAAUGACAAAAGCAUUUUUUUAAAAAUUUUUUUUACAGUUUUUGCAAUAAUUAUGCUUGCACAAUUAGUGCAGGUUAAGGAAAGUAAUUAAAAAUAAAUUCAUUUAGUUGUUCUGAUUUACAGAAUAUAUAAUGUGUCUGGGAUUUUAAGUUUUUUUUUUUUUGGUAGUUACGGGUCACAAAGCACAAGGAGUAAAAUAAACUUUUAAUAUGGAGCGAUUUUAGAAUUUGGUAUGUUUGUCUUGUAAGCUUAAUAGCCAUAAAAGAAAACGAAAUUGCCACACAAAAGUAUAUAUUUAUAUAAAGUAGACAUCAUGGGCUAUUGUUCUAAGGUUGUUUUGACACUUUGUACGUAGCCAUUUCACCGCCAACCUCUGCCAAAUAUUGGAGUAAAAUUGUGUUUUUUUUGGUUUUUGGCACACAAACGUAUAACAAAGAAAUUCUCAUGUGUAUUUUGUAAAGUUCGUGUGUGCAUUCCUGUACAAAGUUUUAUUUUGUGUUCAGUUAUAUCUGCUGAGUAAAAUGACACCCCCAUUGUAUGUCUUUGGCACUAUUUCAUGAAGCUACAGUGCCAUAUAGGAGACCUGUCCUUUUCAGUAUUCACAGUAGAAUUUUGAGAGACGGAUUUAAUGAGCCUAUGCUUCCAUUUGGGGGUAUUAUAGAAGUUUGACUGUUCAAAAAAAAAAAAACCCACAAAGGCCUACCAUUUGUAAAAGUAGACACUCCAGGGUAUCUCAUAAGGUGCAUAUUGUGCCUUAACAUGUCCCCAUUUUUUCACCAAUAUCUGCCAAAGUAUGUGGUAAAAAAUAAUUUUGUGCAUUUUUUACAUACGGAUUGCAUUUUUGCUGGGCAUUUUGUAUAUUUCAUAUGUGCCACUAAGUUCAAACCCCCUGAAUUAUGCUCCGCUAAGUCUUUUGAGUAAAAGGACACCCCCAUUGUAUGUUUUUGGCACUAUUUUGUGAAGCUACAGUACCAUAUAGGAGACCAAGCCAUAUCAGUUUUUACCGAACUUUGAAUUUUGACGCUGGGCCUAUGUGCAAUUGCCAAACAUCUUCGCAGGUUUUAAAUUCAAACUACCCCACAAAGGCCUAUCAUUUCUUAAAGAAGACACCCCAGGGUAUUUCAAAAGGUAUAUUUUGAACCUUAGCGUGGGAUCAUUUUUCCGCUGGCUUGUACCAGGUGUAGUGGUAAUAAGCGUUUUUUUUCUGCUUUUUUGACACACAAAGUGAGUUUGCACAGUAUAUUUUGCAAACCUUAUUUAUGCUACGACUGUAUAAUACUUCAUAUGUUGCUCAGCUAUGUGGUGUGAGUACAGCAAUGCCCCCGUAUGUACCUUUGCCAUGUAUAUGUGGAUGUUGAAGGGGCACAUUUGAGACGCAGCCUUUCAGUUUUUUUCUAACUUUCUAACGCUGUGUCCAAUGUUCCAAUUUGGAGUAUUUUAGAUGGUUGAUUAUUAAAAUUUCCCCACAAACACAUACUAUUUAUUAAAGAAUACACCCUGGGGUAAUUCAAAAGGCAUAUCUUGAACCUUGGCGUGGAAUAAUUUUUUCUCUAGUUUGUUCCAGGUGUAGUGGUAAUGAGCGUUUUUAAAUGUAUUUUUUUUUACCUUUUUUUUACUUUUUAAAACUAGUUUUUAAACUUUUGUUUUGCUUAUUAAUUUUUGUAAACUUUCCUAAAACUUUUUUUACAGAUUUUUCUAAGCUUUUUUUUUUUUUUUACCGUUAACCCCUAACUAGCAGUAAGCAGCACUAAUAGUAAAUUCCCAAUUUUCCCAUAACUCCCACCCACCCCAGCUAGCAAAAUAUAUAGUUAUAAAAUAUUUAAAUUAAUUAAUUAAAUAAAUUGAACCCCUGAGGGUUAAAAAAUAAAUAAAAGUUAAUCCUUAGGGAUUAAAAAAAAUUAGAUCACAGUAUAAUACUGUGAUCUGUAUUUGAUCGUUGUAGGCAGUGAUCGACUGGCAGGGAAGGGGUUAAUUUUUAUUUGGACUAGGUAAAGAGGGGUGUUUUUUUAUUUUUUACUUAAACGUUAUUAAAACAUUUUUUAAGCUUAAUUUUUAACUUUUUAAAGUUUAUUUUAAAACUUUUUUUAACAUUAACCCCUAGUUAGUCUAACGUCAAAUCUCCAAUUCCCCACUAACUCCCACCCACCCCAGCUAGCAAAAUAUAUAAUUAUAAAAUAUUUAAAUCAGUUAAUUAAAUUAAAUUAAAUUGAACCCCUGAGGGUUAAAAAAUAAAUAAAAGUUCAUCUUCAGGGGUUAAAAAAAAAUUAGAUCACAGUAUAAUACUGUGAUCUGUAUUUUGAUCACUGUAGGCAGUGAUCGUCUGGCAGAGAAGGGGUUAAUUUUUAUUUGGACUUGCUAAAGGGGGUGUUUUUAUUCUUUUUCUUUUUUUUACUUAAACGUUAUUAAAACUUUUUUAACUUAAUUUUGUACUUUUUAAAGCUUAUUUUAAAACUUUUUUUUUAACGUUAACCCCUGGUUAGCCUAACACCAAAUCCCCCAAUUCCCCACUAACUUCCACCCACCCCAGCUAGCUAAAUUUAUAAUUUUAAAAUACUUAAAUUAAUUAAUAAAAUAAAUGUAACCUCUGAGGGUUAAUUCUUUUCUUUUUUUAACCCUCAGGGGUUAAAUUUAUUUUAUUAAUUAAUUUAAGUACUGUUUUCAGUGAUCAAUUGGCAGGGAAAGGAGUUCAUUUUUUAUUAAAAUGGAUAAAGGUGGGUGGGAUUUUAAAUUAACUUUAAUUUUUUUUUAACAGGGGGCAGGAUCAUCACUGAUCCGUCUCCCUGCACUUCACACAGAACCAGGAAGUGCAGGGAGGCGGAAGGUAAGUAUACUAUGCACAUGUGCUCGUUCUGACAUGCUGUCAGAGCGAGCACAUGUGCUGGGCAGCACUAUCGGGUGCUCCCGGUCUGCCUCUAAUACAGAGGCAUACCGGAGCACCAUUAACCCUGCGAUCGCCGCAAUAGCGGCGAUCCGGGGUUAAUUUUAACGGGUGACCGAUGAGGUCCGUCACUCGUCGUUAAGGGUUUUCCCUGAAUGACGGACAUCGUCCGUCACUCGUCCUGAAGGGGUUAAAAGAAAAAUCACUUUUUUGUCUGUUUUUUGUUGUUGUUUUUUUUUUUUUUUAAACUUUAUUGCACACCUGGCAACACCUGUUGUGCAGUUCACAGCUAGGCAGCUUUGUCAGCAUUAUCCCUCUGCUCUCUUCAUAACUGGCUGUUUUAUAUUUCUGUAUAUUCUGAUCCAGGCAGCUUUAAUAUCUCUCCCUGUACGCUCCUUUGUAUGAAAGACUGUUUAAAUGUUUGUCAAUUUAGUCCAAAUGUAAAAACAGACGCAUGAGUAGCCAAGCUGUUCAUAUGACUGAGUUGGAGAAUAUUUCCAGACCAGCUAAUUUUCAAACUUUUUUUUUUUCCUUUUUCCUUUUCUCCGGAAUUGAUUUGGAAGUAUUUAGGGUUUAGUGAAUAAGCGUUAGUUGUAUGUCACAUGAUCUGCUUGAUCAGUUUCACUUUGUGACUUUCACUAAACAUUGUGUAUAACUGCAGAUCACAAAAAAGUGUCCGAAUUCUUUUAGCUCUGGCAUGAAACAGAGGGGUCAGCAGCAAAGGGGCUGAAAACAGUAGGGAUCGACCGAUAUUGAUUUUUUAGAGCCGAUACCGAUAUUCUGUGAACUUUCAGGCCGAUAGCCGAUAUAAUUUGCCGAUAUUCUGUACAUUUACCAUUUUGGAAAAUAAAAACAAUUUCUAAAGAUGAAUGCACAAAAUAUACAUGCCACAUGUAGUGGAUGCAGUGUGUUUAGACAGGGGAGCUGUGAGUGUUUGUGUAGUGUGUGUUUGUGUGUUGAGGAUGCAAUGUGUGUUUGUGUAGUGGAUGCAGUGUGUAUUUGUUGAGUGUGUGUAGUGGAUGCAGUGUGUAUUAGUGUAGUGUGUAUAUAAUGAAAGCAGAGUGUUUGUGUAGUGUGUGGGUAGUGUGCAUAAAGUGAAUGCUGUAUAUACUAAAUGCAAAGUGUGUGUGUGUAUUUAUUUGUGUAGUGUGUUUAUAUAAUGCAGAGUGUGUAUGUUUGUAUAGUGUGUGUGUAUAUAAUGCAGUGUGUUUGUGUAGUGUGCAUUAUAUAUCACACUGCAUUAUAUACACAAACUAUGCAAACACACUGCAUUAUAUACACACACUACACACACACUGCAUUAUAUAAACACACUACACAAACACACUGCAUUAUAUAGUGUGUGCGUAGUGUGUGUAUAUAAUGCAGUGCGUUUGUAUAGUGUGUGUAUAUAAUGCAGUGUGUGUAUUUGUAUAGUGUGUGUGUACAAUGCACACAAACACACUGCAUUAUAUACACACACUACACAAACACACUGCAUUAUAUACAGUCUUUGUGUAGUGUGUGUAUAUAAUGCAGUUUGUGUGUAGUGUGUGUGUGUGUAUAUAAUACAGUGUGUGUGUAGUGUGUGUGUAUAUAAUGCAGUGCGUUUGUAAAGUGUAUGUAUUUGUGUGCAUUGUAUACACACACUACAAACACACUGCAUUAUAUACACACACUGCAUUAUAUACACACACUACACAAACACACUGCAUUAUAUACAGUGUGUUUGUGUAGUGUGUGUGUGUGUGUGUGUAUAUAAUGCAGUGUGUGUUUGUAUAGUGUGUGUAUAUAAUGCAGUGUGUGUUUGUAUAGUGUGUGUAUAUAAUGCAGUGUGUAUUUGUGUGCAUUGUAUACACACACACUGCAUUAUAUACACAGUGUGUUUGUGUAGUGUAUGUGUAUAUAAUGGAGUGUGUGUGAGGGGGCAUUUUUUUAUUAAAUUAUUAUUAUUUUUUUUAGAUUUAAUUAUUUUUUGUUUGUUGUCCCCCCUCCCUGCUUGUUGCCUGGCCAGGGAGGGGGGAUAUGACAGUCCCUGGUGGUCCAGUGGUAAUGGCUGAGCUCUGGGGGGAGCGGGCAUCAAGCGCUUACUCACCUCCCAGCAGCUCCUCCAGCUCCCCAGUGUAACUCUCGCGGCCUGUCGAUCCCUAGAAAACAGGAGCAGGUUUACUUGUGCAUUACUUGCGAUCUGUAGGUUUUAAGGAAAGUAUAUAUAUUUUUUUUUUUAUUACUGAACUAGAUUACUAUAUAUAUAUUUCAAGUUAUUCUUGAUAUUAUAUGCAGCAGAUACUGUUUGUAUCUCUGUACAGUAGCUUCAGUACCUCAUACAUUGGGCGUUUGAAAAUGCUUCUUGUUUGACAUGACCUGCAUAACUAAUUGGUUUCUGAUUUUUGCUCAGAUGUUGAUGAUGAGUAUGAAGAUGAAGAUCAGUGGGAGGACGGCGCAGAAGAUAUUUUGGAGAAAGGUAUGUUUUCUUUAUGUAUUGCCUAUAUACCUCUUUCCUGUGCUUUACUGUAGGGGUUAUAUCUCUAUCCUGUACCUUACUGUCUGGGUUUAUAUCUCUAUCCUGUUUCUUACGGUCUGGGUUAUAUCUCUAUCCUGUCCCUUGCACUCUGGGUUUAUAUCUCUAUCCUGUCCCUUGCUCUCUGGGUUUAUAUCUCUAUCCUGUCCCUUUGCUCUCUGGGUUUAUAUCUCUAUGCUGUCCCUUGCUCUCUGGGUUUAUAUCUCUAUCUUGCUGUCUGGGUUUAUAUCUCUAUCCUGUUUCUUACUGUCUUGGUUUAUAUCUCUAUCCUGUCCCUUGCUGUCUGGGUUUAUAUCUCUAUCCUGUCCCUUGCUCUCUGGGUUUAUAUCUCUAUCCUGUCCCUUGCUCUCUGGGUUUAUAUCCCUUCCCUUGCUGUCUGGGUUUAUAUCUCUAUCUUGCUGUCUGGGUUUAUAUCUCUAUCUUGCUGUCUGGGUUUAUAUCUCUAUCUUGCUGUCUGGGUUUAUAUCUCUAUCCUGUUCCUUGCUGUCUGGGUUUAUAUCUCUAUCCUGUUCCUUGCUGUCUGGGUUUAUAUCUCUAUCCUGUCCCUUGCUCUCUGGGUUUAUAUCUCUAUGCUGACCCUUGCUCUCUGGGUUUAUAUCUCUAUCCUGACCCUUGCUCUCUGGGUUUAUAUCUCUAUCCUGACCCUUGGUGUCUUGGUUUAUAUCUCUAUCCUGACCCUUGCUGUCUUGGUUUAUAUCUCUAUCCUGACCCUUGCUGUCUGGGUUUAUAUCUCUAUCCUGUCCCUUGCUGUCUGGGUUUAUAUCUCUAUCCUGACCCUUGCUGUCUGGGUUUAUAUCUCUAUCCUGGCUUUAUAUCUCUAUCCUGACCCUUGCUGUCUUGGUUUAUAUCUCUAUCCUGUCCCUUGCUCUCUGGGUUUAUAUCUCUAUCCUGUCCCUUGCUCUCUGGGUUUAUAUCUCUAUGCUGUCCCUUGCUCUCUGGGUUUAUAUCUCUAGGCUGUCCCUUGCUCUCUGGGUUUAUAUCUCUAUCCUGUCCCUUGCUGUCUGGGUUUAUAUCUCUAUCUUGCUCUCUGGGUUUAUAUCUCUAUCCUGUCCCUUGCUGUCUGGGUUUAUAUCUCUAUCCUGUCCCUUGCUCGCUGGGUUUAUAUCUCUAUCCUGACCCUUGCUCGCUGGGUUUAUAUCUCUAUCCUGUAUCUUGCUCGCUGGGUUUAUAUCUCUAUCCUGUCCCUUGCUCUCUGGGUUUAUAUCUCUAUCUUGUCCCUUGCUCUCUGGGUUUAUGUCUCUAUCUUGACCCUUGCUGUCUGGGUUUAUAUCUCUAUCCUGUCCUUUGCUGUCUGGGUUUAUGUCUCUAUCUUGACCCUUGCUGUCUGGGUUUAUAUCUCUAUCCUGUCCUUUGCUGUCUGGGUUUAUAUCUUUAUCCUGUCCCUUGCUGUCUGGGUUUAUAUCUUUAUCCUGUCCCUUGCUGUCUGGGUUUAUAUCUCUAUGCUGUCCCUUGCUGUCUGGGUUUAUAUCUCUAUGCUGUCCCUUGCUCGCUGGGUUUAUAUCUCUACCUUACCCUUGCUGUCUGGGUUUAUAUCUCUAUGCUGUCCCUUGCUGUCUGGGUUUAUAUCUCUACCUUACCCUUGCUGUCUGGGUUUAUAUCUCUACCUUACCCUUGCUCUCUGGGUUUAUAUCUCUAUCCUGUCCCUUUGCUCUCUGGGUUUAUAUCUCUAUCCUGUCCCUUUGCUCUCUGGGUUUAUAUCUCUAUCCUGUCCCUUGCUGUCUGGGUUUAUAUCUCUAUCUUGCUGUCUGGGUUUAUAUCUCUAUCCUGUCCCUUGAUGUCUGGGUUUAUAUCUCUAUCCUGUCCCUUGCUGUCUGGGUUUAUAUCUCUAUCCUGACCCUUGCUCUCUGGGUUUAUAUCUCUAUCCUGUAUCUUGCUCGCUGGGUUUAUAUAUCUAUCCUGUCCCUUGCUCGCUGGGUUUAUAUCUCUAUCCUGACCCUUGCUCUCUGGGUUUAUAUCUCUAUCCUGUCCCUUUGCUCUCUGGGUUUAUAUCUCUAUCCUGUCCCUUGCUGUCUGGGUUUAUAUCUCUAUCUUGUUGUCUGGGUUUAUAUCUCUAUCCUGUCCCUUGCUGUCUGGGUUUAUAUCUCUAUCUUCCCUUUUCUCUCUGGGUUUAUAUCUCUAUCCUGUCCCUUGCUCUCUGGGUUUAUAUCUCUAUCUUGCUCUCUGGGUUUAUAUCUCUAUCCUGUCCCUUGCUGUCUGGGUUUAUAUCUCUAUCUUGCUCUCUGGGUUUAUAUCUCUAUCCUGUCCUUUGCUGUCUGGGUUUAUAUCUCUAUCUUGCUCUCUGGGUUUAUAUCUCUAUCCUGUCCCUUGCUUUCUGGGUUUAUAUCUCUAUCUUGCUGUCUGGGUUUAUAUCUCUAUCCUGUCCCUUGCUCGCUGGGUUUAUAUCUCUAUCCUGUCCCUUGCUCGCUGGGUUUAUAUCUCUAUCCUGUCCCUUGCUCUCUGGGUUUAUAUCUCUAUCCUGUAUCUUAGACUGGGUGUAUAUUUGCACUUUCCCUAAUUACCCAGUUUAUGUAUAUUUGCAACCCGCCUGCUUUUCACUUCCGAUAUGUUUUGCUGUUUUUGAAAAGUAUGAUGGAAUAAAGGGUCGUGCUGAUUUUCCAAUAAAAUGUGUACUAACUUAGCAUUUCAUUUCUUAAUUCCUUGCAUGCACGCUUUCAGUUUCUGGUAAUAAAACUCUCUCUGUUCUAGCUUGUGUGUGGUGUUGGGUAACGUGCUGAUGUGCACUCACAGACAGUGUAUAUUGAGUGCAUGUCUGAGUGUAUCCGAGCUAGUUUUACUCCAGACACAUGUGAACCCUGCUCUGCCACCACCUCUCUGUUCUUUCCUUCAUUGCUUCUCUUUAGCUUGUAGGUUUUUUCCUUUUUUUUUUGCUCAUCCUUCUGCCACCCUCCCUGAUCUGUUAAUUUGUUCAUCGAUAUGCUUUCUCCUCUACAUUCCAUACAUGCACCUUUAUUCCCCAAUGCCCUUCCUUUACCCAGCUCUUGCUUGCUUGCUCACUAUCUGCUACACACACUCCCUUUGUUAGCUCAUUGCUGCUUCUUAUACCACAUGUUAUCAUUUCUCCCCUUUCCGGUCCCUCAUCUCCCCGGUCGUUGAUUUUGCUGCUAUGUUUUGCUCCAUUCUGUCUUGGCUCCAUCACUCUUCACAGCUGAAGAAAUUGAAGGUAAGUGAUCACAUGGUCUUCAUUAAAACUUCGGUGUCUGAUCAUAGCUUCACUUAAAGUGACGUGGCUUGUGUUUUGUUUAUAGUAAAUCAUAUUAAACUUCCCUGUUGCCUUGUUCCCCUUUAAUGGGAUCUGGACACUUUCCCCAGUUAGAUAUAUUUACAAUACAGCAAUUUGAGCUUAUAUUUAAUAGUAUACUAGUUUGUAUAUUUAUAGUGAACUUACCAUGACAGGUUUGUUUUAAGUAAUCUUCAACUUCUUCUUAAUAAAGAUAAUCUGUUUUAUUGCUAUAGAAGAUAUUAAAUACUUAUUUCCUUACAAGUGAGUUACGGUCGCCAGGACCACAAGUUUGUGGGUGUUACAGCAGUAUAAUACCCACCUAUCAUUUUCCUAAUUUGUUCUGCACUUCUCUUAUUCUGUUAGCCCUACUUAGCAAUGCUUCCCACAGCAGGGCGUUCCUCCCCAUAAGGCCAACGUGGUGUGUUCAUGUACCAGCGUCUGAACUGAGCGACUGCUCUUACUCUGUUAGCCCUACUUAGAAAUGCUUCCCACAGCAGGGCGUUCCUCCCCAUAAGGCCAACGUGGUGUGUUCAUGUACCAGCGUCUGACCCGGUUCGACUGCUCUUACUCUGUUCCUAUACUCCUCUGGCAAAGUGGAAGGUGUGUUUGCUAGAGGAAUAAUUACAGAACAGGUGAAUGAGAACCAUCAGUCGAUAAUUUCUCACCAUUGCUGAUGUAGCUCUCUAUGCCAGCAGUUUAUUGACGGGUGAGAGAUCAUAUUUUUUAGAUUUAUUUACCAAUACAUUGCUAGAAAAAUAUAGAGGUGAAAUAUACGGUGCAUCGUUAGAGCUUAAGUUAGCAUACUCAUGUCAAGUUAAAGUUUUUCUAAAACUUUUGGAAAAGAACCAGAUAACAAAACUGCUGCAUGUAAUCCAUAACCAUGUGAGGUUAACAGAAGCCAGCCUCCCUGCUUGGAGUAUACAGGAAUCGGCAGCUAGCCUUCCUGUUUGGAGGAUACAGGAAUUGACUGCCAGCUACACUGCUCGGAGGAUACAGGAAGUUCACAGCAGCCAGCUUCCCUGCUCGGAGGAUACAGGAAGUUCACAGCAGCCAGCUUCCCUGCUCGGAGGAUACAGGAAGUUCACAGCAGCCAGCUUCCCUGCUCGGAGGAUACAGGAAGUUCACAGCAGCCAGCUUCCCUGCUCGGAGGAUACAGGAAGUUCACAGCAGCCAGCUUCCCUGCUCGGAGGAUACAGGAAGUUCACAGCAGCCAGCUUCCCUGCUCGGAGGAUACAGGAAGUUCACAGCAGCCAGCUUCCCUGCUCAGAGGAUACAGGAAGUUCACAGCAGCCAGCUUCCCUGCUCAGAGGAUACAGGAAGUUCACAGCAGCCAGACUCCCUGCUCGGAGGAUACAGGAAUCGGUAGCCAGCGUCCCUGCUCGGAGGAUGCGGGAAGUUCACGGGCAAGCCGGUCUCUGCUAGGAAGAUACAGGAAGUUCACGGGCAAGCCGGUCUCUGCUAGGAAGAUACAGGAAGUUCACGGGCAAGCCGGCCUCUGCUAGGAAGAUACAGGAAGUUCACGGGCAAGCCGGCCUCUGCUAGGAAGAUACAGGAAGAUCACGGGCAAGCCGGCCUCUGCUAGGAAGAUACAGGAAGAUCACGGGCAAGCCGGCCUCUCUGUUUGGAGGAUAAAGGAAGUUUGCGGGCAAGCCAGCCUCUCUGCUUGGAGCAUAAAGGAAGUUCGCGGUCAAGCCAGCCUCUCUGCUUGGAGCAUAAAGGAAGUUCGCGGUCAAGCCAGCCUCUCUGCUUGGAGGAUAAAGGAAGUUCGCGGGCAAGCCAGCCUCUCUGCUUGGAGCAUAAAGGAAGUUCGCGGGCAAGCCAGCCUCUCUGCUUGGAGCAUAAAGGAAGUUCGCGGGCAAGCCAGCCUCUCUGCUUGGAGCAUAAAGGAGGUUCGCGGGCAAGCCAGCCUCUCUGCUUGGAGGAUAAAGGAAGUUCGCAGGCAAGCCAGCUUCCCUGCUCGGAGGAUACAGGAAUCUGCAGCCAGCGUGCCUGCUCGGAGGAUACAGGAAUUGGCAGCCUGUCUUCCUGCUCGGAGGACACAGGAAUCUGCAGCCAGCGUGCCUGCUCGGAGGAUACAGGAAGUUCACGGCAGCAAACCAGUGCAGAAUGAAGAUUUAUGUGUGCUAGCAGCAGUUAAAAAAAGCAAAAAACAAACCGAAAAAGAAAACUAAACUUGUCAUGUACAAAGCUUUCCUACAUUAAAAUAAGGAAGGUUAUACUUAAUUCACUUAUUCACUUUGUAGAAACAGUUCUCUGUAAGGGGGGCACUUUUUGGAGCAGAGUCAGCAAAAUGUCUUAGUGGCAACUCCCCUCACUCACUGUAUGUUUCAUCUUGCAGCUUCUAACAUUGACAAUGUGGUCCUGGAUGAGGACCGCUCGGGGGCCCGGCGACUGCAGAAUUUGUGGAGGUAGGAAGCCCACAUUUACAAUGAUCCAUCUGGAGAAUAUAUGGAGUUGAUCAUUGCACAUUCUUUGUCCAGACUGGUUGAUCUCACCUGCAUUUUCUCCGCAGAGAUCAGAGAGAAGAGGAACUGGGUGAAUACUACAUGAAAAAAUAUGCCAAGUCUUCUGUAGGAGAACAGUGAGUAUCCAUACCCAACUUUAGUUUCAGAUUUAAAUGUAAUAAAUGCUGGAACUCAAUGAGUGGGAAAGAAAAGUCAUAAGGAAGGUAAUAUUUAAAUUCAAGAUCGUAUAUCUUUAGUUAUUUAAGGAGAAACUUUGCUUAAAGUGGUAAAGAAGAAUUUGUUCCUGGAUGGUGUUUGACUUUGCCGCGCUCUGCGGUGUUUCCUGUACAAUGUCUAGGUUUGAACCAUUCUGUAAAUCUUUAUUUUCUUUUCCUCCUUUUCAGCAUAUAUGGUGGAUCUGAUGAAUUAUCUGAUGACAUCACACAGCAGCAGCUGCUUCCUGGAGUCAAGUAAGUGGCACCUUCUCAUUACCCAUUGCAGACCAUCCUCUCUGAUGAGAACAGGGGAAUCUUCCCUCCUAGCUGUCUCACAAUUAGACAGGUAAUCUAGAAUUGUGCACGAUUAAAAAGUGUGCCAUAAACCCCUUUAAGACAUUCUCAUAUCAAACAUUAAUUUUUCAUUGUAUUUUCUCCUGUAACAUUUAUGGUGAAAUAUGGAAAGUUAUCCAUUGUGUGCUGUAUAAAUGUUUUUCUAUUUGUGAUAUGCGAGUUAGAUUCACUGUAUAUAUAUUUCUCUUUAAUGUGCUUUAAAUCAAAUGAUUUAUUUGUCCUGCAGAGACCCCAAUCUCUGGACAGUAAAAUGCAAGGUAGGUGUAUGGGAGGGGGAUUUAAAGCGUUGUGUUUAGGGGUAUCAGAACGUGGUGCUUUGGUGUGUAGUGAUUUAUUUUGUAUGAGUAUCAGAGCCUGUUUUGCUAUUAUUUCAUGCUAUGCGUGGAUUAUUAGUUGAUGCUAUGUGUGGAGUAUCGGAGCAUAUUUUGGUAUUAGAUUAUGAUAUAUAUGGCGUGUCGGGGCAUGUCUUGGUGCAUUGUGCUGGGGAUGAGUGUGGACUAUCCAGAAGUUUAGGGCUUAGUAUUGGGGGUGUUCCAGAAUUAUGUAUGGGGCGUUUUCAUAAAUUGUAUGGGAAUCUUCAAGCAUGUUUGGGUAUAGAUGCAUUAUAAACUGGAUGCUUGGGGGUAACAGAUCCUUUAAAUUUGCUUAGGUUUGAAAACAUUUAGGUGUGUAUUAGAGCGUUGUAUGCAAAAAAUGUACGUAUUAGAGCUCUGUAUGCAGAGCAUGUGAGAACUUGCAUGUGUAAGGACAUUAGAGAACGAUGGGUAUUAGAGCAACUUGGUGAUGUGAACUGGCUUCAGCAUCUCCCUUUACUCCCACAGAUUGGAGAGGAAAGAGCCACUGCCAUCGCCUUGAUGAGGAAAUUCAUUGCGUACCAAUUCACAGAUUCAGUAAGCGGACUAGAAUUACCUUUAGUUAUACUUUUAUUUAAUCUUUCACACAGAGUUAAUCCAGAGAUAUCCUUAAAGUGGAUCCCAAAUGACAUGAUCCAGAUAACAAUAUUUCCUUACAUUAACUGGGCCACAUGGCACCCUCCGUUAUACCUUUUCUAAUGGUUUUCAGCUUUUUGCUGAACCCUCUCUUUAAUAUUUCCCUUUUUGUUCCCCAAUCUUCUCUUUCAGACUGUUCUCACUUGUCAGGUUCUCCUCUAUCUCCCUGAUUCCUGUCUCCUCUUCGUUUUCUUUUGUGAGCUUUGUACAUUUCUUUCUGCAGCCUCUUCAGAUUAAAUCGGUGGUUGCCCCGGAGCAUGUUAAGGGUUAUAUCUAUGUGGAGGCAUACAAACAGACUCACGUUAAACAGGCCAUUGAGGGAGUUGGCAAUUUGCGCAUGGGCUUCUGGAAUCAACAAAUGGUGCCCAUUAAGGAAAUGACUGACGUUCUGAAGGUUGUGAAGGAGGUUACAAAUCUCAAACCUAAAUCCUGGGUGCGACUGAAGAGAGGUAUCUACAAGGACGACAUAGCUCAGGUAAGCGUUUAAUGGUGUGUAGACGCUUGGAUGACGAUUUAGCCUUUCAGUGUCAAAUGGAGCAACGAUUGGGAGAAAGAGGCGUUAAACUAAACUGUUUAAUGGUUUCUGGAGAGAUGAGGAAUAAUUUGUAAUCUGUGUAAAUCCUGCUUCCUAGGUGGAUUACGUGGAGCCUAGUCAGAAUACCAUAUCGCUUAAAAUGAUCCCCAGAAUUGACUAUGAUCGUAUCAAAGCACGCAUGAGUCUGGUAUGUUAUGUUUUCCCGCACUCAGUGUCUCUCCAUCUCUCAUUUUUCGCUUGCUCUUUCCUCGCUUUUCUACCUUUCCACAUCCUGCCUUUGUUUGUGACCUCACCUACUCCCCAAAUUGCUACCCAACCUGUCUUUGCUCCACCUUUGCUCCUGGGAUCUUUUUUUUUUUUUUGUCAACUAGUUCUCUUGCUCAUUUGAGUGUUUUUCUUCUUUAUCUCUUACCACAUGCAUGCUCUGCUUCCUACAUUUUAUUUAUCUGCCCAUUCCUGGUAUCUGAUGAUGUAUAUCAUUGUUUGCUAUGAUUUUGACCUCUGCAGAAGGAUUGGUUCGCCAAGAGGAAGAAGUUCCGCAGACCCCCUCAGAGGCUGUUUGAUACAGAGAAGAUAAGGUGAGUACAUUUUCGGUGACUUGCUUAUGUGACAGAUUGAAAAAACAGGUGAAUAGGAGAUUUUAAAAAAAAAUUUUUUUCCCAAGCUGCAUGUUGAGAUUUUAGUUUAAUCCCCGUCACAGAGAAGGAUUCACCAGACUUCCUUAAUGUAUGUAAAGCACAAGGUCUCUUUUCAGAACUCGCUUUUCACAGAGCUUUGUACAUAGAGGAAAUGAUAUCCCGGUCGUACCAGUUGGUCACCCAUUGGUGGAUCCUGCACAUACCUGCAACCUCUCUCUUUGUUCACAGGUCCUUAGGAGGAGAUGUGUCUUCAGAUGGAGAUUUCCUCAUUUUUGAGGGCAAUCGUUACAGCCGUAAAGGUUUCUUGUUCAAGAGCUUUGCAAUGUCUGCAGUGGUGAGUAAGCAUGGCCAUAUUUCUUUAAUUUUUCUUACUGGCAAUACACCGAUAACAUAUACACAGCCCCGACCAUGAGUAACCUGCUUACUGGGAAUACACCGAUAACAUAUACACAGCCCCGACCAUGAGUAACCUGCUUACUGGGAAUACACCGAUAACAUAUACACAGCCCCGACCAUGAGUAACCUGCUUACUGGGAAUACACCGAUAACAUAUACACAGCCCCGACCAUGAGUAACCUGCUUACUGGGAAUACACCGAUAACAUAUACACAGCCCCGGCCGUGAGUAACCUGCUUACUGAGAAUACACCGAUAACAUAUACACAGCCCCGGCCGUGAGUAACCUGCUUACUGGGAAUACACCGAUAACAUAUACACAGCCCCGGCCACGAGUAACCUGCUUACUGGGAAUACACCGAUAACAUAUACACAGCCCCGACCAUGAGUAACCUGCUUACUGGGAAUACACCGAUAACAUAUACACAGCCCCGGCCAUGAGUAACCUGCUUACUGGGAAUACACCGAUAACAUAUACACAGCCCCGGCCGUGAGUAACCUGCUUACUGGGAAUACACCAAUAACAUAUACACAGCCCCGGCCGUGAGUAACCUGCUUACUGGGAAUACACCAAUAACAUAUACACAGCCCCGACCAUGAGUAACCUGCUUACUGGGAAUACACCAAUAACAUAUACACAGCCCCGGCCGUGAGUAACCUGCUUACUGGGAAUACACCAAUAACAUAUACACAGCCCCGACCAUGAGUAACCUGCUUACUGGGAAUACACCGAUAACAUAUACACAGCCCCGGCCGUGAGUAACCUGCUUACUGGGAAUACACCAAUAACAUAUACACAGCCCCGGCCGUGAGUAACCUGCUUACUGGGAAUACACCGAUAACAUGUACACAGCCCCGGCCGUGAGUAACCUGCUUACUGGGAAUACACCGAUAACAUAUACACAGCCCCGGCCGUGAGUAACCUGCUUACUGGGAAUACACCAAUAACAUAUACACAGCCCCGACCAUGAGUAACCUGCUUACUGGGAAUACACCGAUAACAUAUACACAGCCCCGGCCGUGAGUAACCUGCUUACUGGGAAUACACCAAUAACAUAUACACAGCCCCGGCCGUGAGUAACCUGCUUACUGGGAAUACACCAAUAACAUAUACACAGUAACCUGCUUACUGGGAAUACACCAAUAACAUAUACACAGCCCCGGCCGUGAGUAACCUGCUUACUGGGAAUACACCGAUAACAUAUAAACAGCCCCGGCCACGAGUAACCUGCUUACUGGGAAUACACCAAUAACAUAUACACAGCCCCGGCCGUGAGUAACUUGCUUACUGGGAAUACACCAAUAACAUAUAAACAGCCCCGGCCGUGAGUAACCUGCUUACUGGGAAUACACCAAUAACAUAUAAACAGCCCCGGCCACGAGUAACCUGCUUACUGGGAAUACAUUGAUUUUUUUUAAAUGCACAAACUAGGCAGUUCUGUCUCCCCGUUCCGGUACACUUUAUAGUGGGGUUCAGUCCCUCUCUGUUCCCGAUCUCUGGAUAGUUGAAUAGUGCUGUGUACAGGAGUGUGAUGUCCCUUAUGUUUCCCAGAUCACGGAUGGGGUGAAACCAACUCUGUCUGAGUUGGAGAAGUUUGAGGAUCAGCCUGAAGGAGUUGAUCUUGAAGUGGUUACUGAAGCAACAGGUAAUAAAUAAGUGUUUAUCUCCCUCCCCACCCCCAGUUCUCAGCUAAUGUAUUGGAUAAUAAUCAGGGAAGGUGAAUGCAAUGGGUUGUUAUUACUGUCCAUCUCUGUAUACAGACACAGAAAGUUUCUAUGGGCGAUUCUCUGUAAAUCUGUAAUACCUAUCCUGAAAAAAAACAUCUCUUGACCCAUCCUCCCCUUCUAACUAUCGUCCCUUAUCCAUGCUCCCUUUCUCAUCAAAGCUUUUGGAAAGACUUUUCUUUACCCGUGUGUCCCGCUUCCUUAAUUCCAACUCUCUCCUUGACCCUCUUCAGUCUGGCUUCCGCCCUCUCCACUCUACUGAGACUGCUCUUAUCAAAGUGACUAAUGACUUAAUCUCCGCUAAAUCCAAAGGUCACUACUCCAUAUUAAUUCUCCUUGACCUCUCUGCUGCCUUUGACACCAUUGAUCAUGCUCUCCUCCUUCAAACUCUUCAAUCGCUCGGUCUCUGUGACUCUGUCCUCUCUUGGUUUUCCUCCUAUCUCUCCCAUCGCUCAUUCAGUGUCUCCUUUUCUAAUGAUACCUCCUCCCCUCGUCCUGUCUCGGUUGGAGUCCCCCAAGGCUCUGUACUUGGUCUCCUUCUAUUUUCUUUUUAUACUGUCUCUUGGCAAACGUAUUAACUCAUUUGGAUUCCGCUACCACCUGUACGCUGAUGACACUCAGAUAUACCUCUCCUCCCCGGACCUCUCCCCUGCCGUCCUGCAACGUGUCACUGCUUGCCUUUCUUCCAUCUCUGACUGGAUGACCUCACGCUUUCUGAAACUCAGUCUCUCUAAAACUGAACUCCUUGUCUUUCCUCCUCCUAAUACUGAUCCUCCUCUCUCGCUCUCCCUUCAAGUCAGUGAUAUCCACAUAAGUCCAUCCCUGCAAGCACGCUGUCUUGGCGUCAUACUUGACUCUGGUCUCACCUUUGAGUCUCACAUCCAGUUUGUUGCCAAGUCCUGUAGGUUCCAACUCAAAAACAUAGCCCGCAUCGCCCCUUUCUUACGCAAGAUGCUACCAAGGAGCUUGUCCAUGCUCUAGUAAUUUCCCGCAUGGAUUACUGUAACCCUCUCCUGAUUGGUUUCCCCAAAAGCCGUAUUGCCCCGCUACAGUCUGUAAUGAAUGCUGCAGCUAGGCUGAUUUUCCUCUCUAGUCGGUCCUCUCACACCUCACCCCUCACCCCACGGCCAACUCGUGCUUGCAGGACCUCUCGCGGGCAGCUCCUCUCCUAUGGAAUAGCCUGCCUACCGCCAUCAGACUCUCCCCUAGUCUUCAAUUAUUUGAGAAGGGCUUAAAACCCAUCUCUUCAGGAAAGCUUAUGGCCUCCCAGAGUAAUCUCUACCUUACAUACCUGUCUCCUGCUCUCUCCUAUGGGACAGUGCUUUGCUCUCUCCUCCAGCUCUGCUUCUCUCCUACUUGAUAUUUCCUGUCCUAAUGUUUCUAAUACCCCACCUCCUAUAGUCUGUAAGCUCGUUUGAGCAGGGCCCUCCUCAACCUAUUGUUCCUGUAAGUUUUCUUGUAAUAGUCCUAUUUAUUGUUACAUCCCCCCUCUCAAAAUAUUGUAAAGCGCUACGGAAUCUGUUGGCGCUAUAUAAAUGGCAAUAAUAAUUAAGGAUGUUGCUUCUCUAGUAGUGCUUCAUUAAAGAAAGGAAAAAUCAGUUUGAGCCAAAUUCUGGGCAAUGGAUUUCUCUGUGUAUGUUGUGCGUAUACAGAACUGUGUUGGGUUAUUUUGGGUGUGUAUAUUGUUGAUGUGUAAUGUACUUAUUGUCCUGAUUUUGUUCAGGAAAGGAACGUGAGCACAGUCUGCAGCCGGGAGAUAAUGUGGAGGUUUGUGAAGGAGAAUUGAUAAAUCUUCAGGGAAAGAUUCUCAGCGUGGACGGGAACAAGAUUACUAUUCUACCAAAACACGAGGAUCUUAAGGUGAGGCCACUAACUAAACACAACACGAAACCCACCAAACUCCCCCUCACCUUACCUCCAGGGUCGUAAGCUCCGCAGGACCCUAUCCCAUCACUAAAACUCCAAUAUUCCUGUCCCACUGCUACCUUACUGCCCUCAGAAACUCACUACUGGGUCUACAUAAUCCCCUAGAAAUAUGUCCUUGAUGGGGACUAGCAAUGCAAUCUAUUCUCCUUCAUACCAAAAACAAAGCAUUCUAUAGUCCUCAUAGACAUGAAUUAAUCUCUCCUUCCCUUUUAUUCUGGGAGAUAUGGAGCCCAUGGCAUGAUGUAUAUUCUCCCUUUCUAUCCAAAUACCACUGUGCUGCACGUACCCUGCAUCCUGAGUUCUUAUAACUGCAGCAAUUUGCAAAAAUCACAUGGCUAUAAGACAUUACUCUCGAUUCAAUUCCUCCUUUAUGUCCGUUUCAUUCUAUUUGUACACACAACAUGUGCAAAUUACAUGCACACAUAGGAAGGAUUCUUUUAAACCUUUAAGUGCUGAAAUGAGUCUCUUACCAGUCUUUGGCUUGGAAUUCAGCUGUAGAAGAUGUAGCCUUUAUUUAAUAAUUGUUACACAUUAGGUGUUCUCAUACCCCAGUGUUUGGGCCGUUCUUUAUAUUCCUUCAUUAAUUCCAUCCCCUCUGUCUUUUCUACAAAUGAAGAGUUGAGAACCCUUUCAUCAUGCCAUUUUUAUUUUUUUUAUUUUUUACUUUUCUCUGAAAUAGGACAUCCUGGAAUUUCCAGCACAGGAAUUGAGAAAAUAUUUCCGGAUGGGGGACCACGUGAAGGUCAUCGCUGGACGCUAUGAAGGAGACACCGGUCUUGUUGUGCGCGUGGAAGAGAAUUUUGUCAUUCUUUUUUCUGAUCUGACAAUGCACGAGGUAUGUAUCUGUUCUCUUUGUCAUCAAUAUGCUUUGUAACUGACUGACUAAUGGGUUUAAAAGGACACUCCACUGCCCGAAUACAAAACAAAAAUCAUUGUUUAGUAGACAUAACCCCUAUGAACAUGCAUGCAUUUAAAUAUGCAUUUUUUUGUUGUUGGUAUAUCUACAAAAAAGCUUGCUAAAUCAGCAGAUCUCUUGUCUGAAGCCUUUGCUAUCCUCUACUUCUAACCCCGCAAAGUUAUUCUGUGGCUGUCCAAUCACAGACUUUCAAAAGCAGCUCAUUGAGAAGUAUUUGCAAGGCAGGUGUUCUGGAUAAUUUCUUCCUCUUGAGUUUAGCUCAACUGAGCUAAACAAACCAGGAAGUAACAGGACUUAUUGUCUGAUUGACCCCUAGUGGGGUGUAACCAGGUUAAUUUAGAAAAGUGAUAAUUUCUUUUAAAAUCUGCACUUUUUGUAAAAAAAAUAAAUAAAAAAUCCACUCUUCAUACAUAAAACACUUAAUCAAGCUACAUUGCCUUAGGUUUUUGCAGUUUUCCUUUAUAAUUUAUUCAUCUCCUUUUGCUCAAUUUACUGGAGGUCCAUUUGUAAUAUAUCUUGCACAUUAUAUAUCUUUUACAUUUUCCUGCCUUUUUUAAAAAACAUUUUGUUGAUGAUGCAGUGUUCCUAUUAUAUGCGAUAAGUAAACCAUAGUUAUGGUCUCAAAAAUGAUCCGAAACCCAAAGAGUUCCAGAAUAGCUUCUACCAUCUGUGUAUUUUCUAACCUAGUCCAUUUGUUAUUAAUGUAAAUAAAGCUUUGAUAGUAUUUUAAUGUUCCACCAACUUUAGCUAAAGGUGCUCCCUCGAGACCUGCAGCUGUGUUCAGAAACCGCGUCAGGAGUGGAUGUCGGAGGGCAGCACGAAUGGGGGGAACUUGUUCAGCUAGAUCCUCAAACAGUGGGAGUCAUUGUACGUCUAGAAAGAGAAACCUUCCAGGUGAGUGUUUAUGAUUGUGUUAUCCUCGUAUUGUCUCAUUACUCUGCCCAAAAUGAACCAGAUUUAUUGAUACAGGGGCCUGUUCUGUUAUAUUGGGUAAUAGAGCACCGUAACAAUAAUUCAAGUCUUAUUGCUAUAAUUACUAUAAUGCAGUGUAAUUCCACCUGAUAUAGAGAUAUUGCUGCAAUAGAGCCCGGUUCAGUGUGAUGUAGAGAUAUUGCUGUAAUAGAGCCUGUUCAGUAGAGAUAUUGCUGUAAUAGAGCCUGUUUCAGUGUGGUGUAGAGAUAUUGCUGUAACAGAGCCCGGUUCAGUGUGAUGUAGAGAUAUUGCUGUAAUAGAGCCCGGCUCAGUGUGAUGUAGCGAUAUUGCUGUAAUAGAGCCCGGUUCAGUGUGAUGCAGCGAUAUUGCUGUAAUAGAGCCCGGUUCAGUGUGAUGUAGAGAUAUUGCUGCAAUAGAGCCCGGUUCAGUGUGGUGUAGAGAUAUUGCUGUAAUAGAGCCUGGUUCAGUGUGGUGUAGAGAUAUUGCUGUAACAGAGCCCGGUUCAGUGUGGUGUAGAGAUAUUGCUGUAAUAAAGCCCGGUUCAGUGGUAUAGCAUAUUGCUGUAAUAGAUCCCGUUCAGUGUGGUGUAGAGAUAUUGCUGUAAUAGAGCCCGGUUCAGUGUGAUGUAGAGAUAUUGCUGUAAUAAAGCCCGGUUCAGUGUGAUGUAUAUUGCUGUAAUAGAGCCCGGUUCAGUGUGGUGUAGAGAUAUUGCUGUAAUAGAGCCCGGUUCAGUGUGAUGUAGAGAUAUUGCUGUAAUAGAGCCCGGUUCAGUGUGAUGUAGAGAUAUUGCUGUAAUAGAGCCCGGUUCAGUGUGAUGUAGAGAUAUUGCUGUAAUAGAGCCCGGUUCAGUGUGAUGUAGAGAUGUUGCUGUAAUAGAGCCCGGUUCAGUGUGAUGUAGAGAUGUUGCUAUAAUAGAGCCUGGUUCAGUGUGGUGUAGAGAUAUUGCUGUAAUAGAGCCUGGUUCAGUGUGAUGUAGAGAUAUUGCUGUAAUAGAGCCCGGUUCAGUGUGAUGUAGAGAUGUUGCUGUAAUAGAGUCCGGUUCAGUGUGAUGUAGAGAUAUUGCUGUAAUAGAGCCUGGUUCAGUGUGGUGUAGAGAUAUUGCUGUAAUAGAGCCCGGUUCAGUGUGAUGUAGAGAUAUUGCUGUAAUAGAGCCCGGCUCAGUGUGAUGUAGAGAUAUUGCUGUAAUAGAGCCCGGCUCAGUGUGAUAGGAGUCUGAUCGUUGCAUUACAUCACCUUGAAAUUUGAAUACCUUAUACUUUUUGCAAUUACUAAAGCAGAACAAAGAGUAGAAAAGAUGGAGGCAUCUUUGCCCCAGUGCUUUGGGUGAUUGUACCAAUGUAGUAGAAUGUUUUUUUGUUUUCCAUAGGUUCUGAACAUGCAUGGUAAAGUAGUCACAGUCAGACACCAGGCUGUCAACCGGAAGAAGGACAAUCGCUUUGCUGUGGCUUUAGAUUCUGAAGAGAACAAUAUCCAUGUUAAGGACAUCGUCAAAGUCAUUGAUGGACCACAUUCGGUUAGGACAUCCUCUUUUUAUUCAUUCUCACACUGCAUUAUUCACUUUCUUUCUCGCUCAAUUUAAUUACUUUUAUUCUACAUUACCCUUUCUCUGCUUUUAGGGCCGAGAGGGUGAAAUUCGGCACUUAUUCCGCAAUUAUGCAUUCCUGCACUGCAAGAAGCUGGUUGAAAAUGGUGGAAUGUUUGUGUGCAAAACGCGUUACUUGGUUUUGGCUGGAGGUUCAAAGGUAAAGAUGGGCACCCUAAAUGGAGUGGGUGGGCUUCUUAUUGUGCCUUCUAGUCUUCUGACCUAAUGUCCUUUUACAGCCUCGAGAUGUUACCAACUUUACAAUUGGAGGGUUUGCCCCAAUGAGUCCCCGAAUAAGUAGUCCAAUACAUCCUAGUGGAGCAGGUAUGACCCCUGAGCACAUAAUCAGAAUGUCAGUGUCUUGUAGACCAAUGAAUUCACAUUGUGUCCCGUUCCAUCAGGUCGUGGUGGCAUGGCUGGAGGAGGUGGUGGUGGUGGUGCAGGGAGGGGCCGAGGUCGUCGAGACAACGAUCUCAUUGGUCAGACUGUUAGAAUCUCACAAGGUCCUUAUAAAGGUAAGUGGCCGUUAAGUGGUCAUUGUAAACGUUAUAUUUACCGUAUACUGAGAGCUCCUUCUCACACUAAGUAUAACUCUUUAAGGAUCUUACAUCUUCUCUUUUAGGAUAUAUUGGGGUUGUGAAAGAUGCCACGGAAUCCACAGCCAGGGUGGAGCUUCAUUCCACAUGUCAGACCAUCUCUGUGGACAGACAGCGCCUAACUGCUGUGUCAGUAACACUCUACAGUUUUACAUCGAUAUUUAACACUGUACAAGCGCUUUUACCAUGUAUAUAUUUUAGUAUCUGCCCUCGACUUAUUGUCCGGGUGUCUUCACUUAAAUUUCGGUACCAGAAGUAACAUCAAUUUCUUCAUUGGCUGCUCAGUAUGUUUAAGGUUCUUGUUUUUCUUGUCCAGUGGUUCUCGGCGUCCCGGAGGAAUGACCUCUACUCAUGCUCGCACCCCUAUAUAUGGCUCCCAGACCCCCAUGUAUGGUACCGGUUCCAGAACUCCCAUGUAUGGUUCACAGACUCCACUGCACGAUGGUGAGAUACAGUGUUCACCUCCCCCACUUUAUUUUUAUAUGAUCGGAUUUUAGUUUCCUUAACUUUUUAACUCUGUCAUUGUUGCAUUUCUUUGUUUCCUCCUAGCUUUAAUCCAGUUUUUCCCCUUCACGCUUUUCUUACCUCCACCUUGUUGCAGGGAGCCGGACUCCUCACUAUGGAUCUCAAACACCUCUGCACGAUGGAAGCCGAACCCCUGCUCAAAGUGGGGCCUGGGAUCCCAACAACCCAAACACUCCUUCAAGGUGAGUGUGUCUCAAAACAGUAGAUACUGUGUGUGCAUGUUUUCCAGGUUCUCUUCAUUGAGUGUAUGCACUUUUUCUUCAGUCUGAGUGGGAUUCUCCAUCUGCCGGCAUGUACGUGUGCUGGUUACUCUCCGUUCAGUCUGUAUGCUUGACUACUGCUCAGCUCAACCUUCUACUAAUUCCUAUUGCACAGGGCGGAUGAAGAAUAUGAUUACAGAUAUGAUGAUGAACCAUCUCCAUCACCCCAAGGCUAUGGUGGUACCCCUAAUCCCCAGACUCCCGGAUAUCCUGAUGUGCCAUCUCCCCAGGUCAAUGCUCCGUACCACCCUCAGACUCCAGGAACACCAGCCAUGUGAGUGUAUUGUUCAAGUUCGACUUCUCCUACUGCUUAAAUUGUACAAUUGUUGCCCAGUCGUCUACACUCACACAUUGUGCCAAUUCUGUCCACUCGAAUAUCAUACAGACCUUACAUUCACCUAAUUCCUCACAUAAUCUCUUAAAGGUCUAACUUUUACAGCCAUUUACACUGAAUAUCUUGUACAGGCUUCUUCAGCAAACCUCAUGCCGCUUAGCACCCUCUUCAGUCACACUCAUGUCUCGUCACACCUGCGUUUCAUACAUUCAUCUUCAGGCUCUUAAAUAAGCCUCUCACUUGCAAUUUCUAUCACUCACAUUGCAAUCUCCUUCUCUUCUCCUCAUUUCUUCCUAUUCAGGUACAACACGGACCAGUUCUCUCCGUAUGCUGCUCCAUCACCACAGGGCUCCUACCAACCAAGCCCAAGUCCACAAAGCUACCACCAAGUGGCCCCAAGUCCUGUGGGCUACCAGAACACCCACUCGCCUGCCAGCUACCACCCCACUCCAUCACCCAUGGCAUAUCAGGUAACAGAAACCAUCCGAGCCUCUAUUUGAAUGGUAUUUAGGAGUGAUUUAUUACAUAUGCUAAUAAUGUCUGUUUCUAUAAAGGCCAGCCCUAGUCCCAGCCCUAUGGGUUACAGUCCGAUGACCCCUGGUGCCCCAUCUCCGGGUGGAUACAACCCGCACACGCCUGGCUCCUCCAUAGAACAGAUCUCGAGUGACUGGGUGACCACUGAUAUUCAAGUUAAAGUGAGAGACACUUACCAGGACAGCCAGGUCGUUGGACAGACUGGAAUCAUCCGCAGUGUCACGGUGAGUUAGAGCCUUUGGAAUAAUCUAAACUUUAGAUUAGCAUGAAGAAACCGAGGAGUCACAAACCUAGUGCCCCACAAUGUUUGUGUAAAUCUUCUCCAGAGCUCCAAUGCUUUGGAAUGAAUAGCCGCACAAUGCACCUUAGGCCACCUAACAUCCUAAAAUGUGCUUCCCUCCCAUAAUGGCUGCUGUCUCAUCUCCCUGCACUGGUGGCAGAUUGUAUCACCUCUCCCAUUGCCUUUCACGCUUGGCUUUUCCAGGCAUCUAAUACAGAAAUCUUACAGGUCAGGCUGUCCCAUCCCCUAACACUGAAAUCUCCCCUCUGCAUUCUAUUACAGAUCGUUGGGCUGUCCCAUCCCCUAACACUGAAAUCUCCCCUCUGCAUUCUAUUACAGAUCGUUGGGCUGUCCCAUCCCCUAACUCUGAAAUCUCCCCUCUGCAUUCUAUUACAGAUCGUUGGGCUGUCCCAUCCCCUAACACUGAAAUCUCCCCUCUGCAUUCUAUUACAGAUCGUUGGGCUGUCCCAUCCCCUAACACUGAAAUCUCCCCUCUGCAUUCUAUUUCAGAUCGUUGGGCUGCCCCAUCCCCUAACACUGAAAUCUCCCCUCUGCAUUCUAUUACAGGUCGUUGGGCUGCCCCAUCCCCUGGUACUGGAAUUAUAACUUACCUCUUUGCUCUCUUUCAGGGUGGUUUAUGUUCUGUGCUGCUGCAGGACAGUGAAAAAGUGAUCAGUAUCUCUGGAGAUCACCUGGAGCCAGUCACCCCAACAAAGAAUAGCCGGGUAAUGCAUCUUAGUGAGCACAUAAUAGGAUUGCUUGAUCCCUGUCACUGUUCCUUACAUUGACACCCAUCUUUCUCUUUGCUGUAGGUAAAGGUGAUUUUAGGGGAGGAUCGUGAAGCGAUGGGCGUCCUGCUCAGUAUUGAUAACGAAGAUGGUAUUGUCCGCAUGGAUCUGGAUAAUAAUAUAAAAAUCCUCAACCUUCACUUUUUGGGCAAAUUGGAGUCCUGAGCUUGGGUGGGAGCAGUGCUGGGGUAGCUGUAUAUUGGUAUUGGGGUUUAAAACACAUAAGACCAGGUGUGACUAGUCAGUGUGUUUGUAUAGUGAUAAUCACACCCUACACCAUGCAUUUUGUAAUAUCUCCCCAAAUAAAGGAUUCUAUGCAGCUACUGUGCAUCUGGCCGGCUUCUGCCAUGUCUUGCGUCCUGUGCACAGUCACACCAAUGGCAGUCCGCACUCAGAUUUUAUCAAGGAAGCUUUGAGUGUUUGUUUUCAUUCUCCACUCAUCUGCAGCAGACCUGGAAUAUUAUUUUUUUUUUUUUUUUUUUAAAACAUUAUUUGCGCUUGUUUUUGCUGAAACAGAGGCUGUGUAUUCUGUUAUAAAUUCCAUGUGUGAUAUUUAUAUGGUGCUCUCAAUAAACAAGACAAAAUUUGGCUUUGGUUAUUUUCUCAAAAAGGGGCUUCAGUCCACUCUUUGUAACAAUCUGUGAAUAGUGAAAGAAAUGGUUGACAUCAUGGAAUUUUAAGGUAACAUGGCUCAAAAGGGCACAUUUACAUUAUUAAAAUCCUAACUGUGGUACUACGUGAUAUGACUGAGCGUGGAUGUGUUCUGGCCUAAAGCUACAUUGCUUUUAUAGGUUUC